AUGUGGCCGGGCGGCGCGGCCGGCAAGCUGCCCUGCCCGCGGGACUCGGCGCUGCGCAGGGCGGCGUUCUCCGGGAACCUCUCGGCGCUGCCCUUGCACUUGGCGCCCAGCGGGAGAAGCGUCAGGGUUUUCAUCAGCGCCAAUCCCGAAGGUAAGCUUGCGCUUCCCCGAGGGGCUCGGAAGGCUUGGCCGCAGCUCCGUCCACCGACCCUUUUUACCCCUGAGCGGCCGCUCCGCGCUUGGGGAAGGCUUCACACGGCCCAGGCGCGUGCGCCGCCUUGCGGAGCUGCUGGGCGCGCUCUGGAUGCCCAGAGCCGAGCCUGGAGAUGAUGAUGAUGACACCAUCAUCAUCAUCAUCAUCAAUAUUAUUAUUAUUAUUAUUAUUACUUACUACUACACCGCCCAUCUGGCUGGGUUUCCCCAGCCAUUCUGGGCCACGCUCAACGGAAAAUUAAAAGCACAAUAAAACAUCAAACAUUAAAAACUUCCGUAAAAAGGGCUGCCUUCAGAUGUUUUCUAAAAGUCAGGUAGUUGUUUACUUCCUUGAUGUCUGAUGGGAGGGGGUUCCACAGGGUGGGCGCCACCACCGAGAAGGCCCUGUGCCUGGUUCCCUGUAACCUCACUUCUCGCAGUGAGGGGACCGCCAGAAGGCCCUUGGCGCUGGAUCUCAGUGUCCGGGCUGAGCGAUGGGGGUGGAGACGCUCCUUCAGGUAUACUGGCCCGAGGGGGUUUAGGGCUUUGAAGGUCGGCACCAACACUUUGAAUUGUGCUUGGAAACGUACUGAGAGCCAAUGUAGAGACCGGUGUUAUAUGGUCUAAGAGGCCGCUUCCAGUCCCCAGUCUAGCUGCCGCAUUCUGGAUUAGUUGUAGUUUCCGGAUCACCAUCAAAGGUAGCCCCACGUAGAGCACAUUGCAGUAGUCUAAGCAGGAGAUCACUAGAGCAUGCACCACUCUGGCGAGACAAUCUGCAGGCAGGCAGGGUCUCAGCCUGCGUACCAGAUGGAGCUGGUAGACAGCUGCCCUGGACGCAGAAUUGACCUGUGCCUCCAUGGACAGCUGUGACUCCAAAAUGACUCCCAGGCUGCGCAUGUGGUCCUUCAGGGGCACAGUUACCCCACAGUUACUUCAGCGUGGCCUGCUCUGUGCUUGGUGGGAGGCUUCACGUAGCCCAGACGCAUGCGUCGCCCCUCAGGGUUGCUGGGCACGUGCUCUGGACACCCCAGAGCUGAGCCUUGAGAGGCCGCUGUGCCUCUAACAGCCCACAUGGCGACAUUUUGUUCCGUGUGCGGCUUGGGGGGGGGCUGGAUGGAAUGCUGGCCUCUGUCACGAGGUCAGCUUCAUGUCCUGAGAUAUAAUAAUAAAUAAUAAUAAUAUAUUAUUUGUACCCCACCCAUCUGGCUGGGUUGCCCCAACCACUCUGGGUGGCUUCCGACAAAAUAUUAAAAAUACAAUAAAACAUCAGACAUUAAAAACUUCCCUAAACAGGGCUGCCACUGGCCUCAUCGAUAUUGCCCAACAUGUGGACUGCAGGGGAUAAAACAAUGGUGUGAAGCUAAAGCAGGGAUUCCCAAAUUUAGGUCUCCAGCUGUUUUUGGACUACAAUUCCCCUAAUCUCUGACCACUUUUGCUUUUUGGAGGGGGGGGGGAGAUAAACUUCCAAUUAGUUUUAUCAUUUAUUUGUGUGUCCAUGGACUACCACGUUUCAGCUUUCAGGGUGGCCUAUGAGUGGUUCCGCCAUUUUGGGGUACGCCUCUAGCCUCCCCCUUCUAGAGAAAGGGGGACAUCUCCUUUUCAAAUUGUUUUUAUUAAAGAUUUUCUGGGGUUAUAAAAGCAGUACCUUUUUUUCUAUAUAUAUACAGAAAAGUUUAGUGGUACUUUCAUUUUGGCUCAAGAAAAUCACCAUUUUAUAGUUCAAAUUGGGGGGAAUAAAUCUAGUAAAUUGACAAAAGUACAAAGAUUCACAAAAUGUUUAGGGGUAUGCGUACCCCUGCAUUCCCCCCCCCCCCCCAGAAAAAAACCACUGUAUAAAAAUACAUGCACUGUCUCUAUUUUCAGAUCAUACAGUUCUCUCUACAGAUCAGUUAUAUUCGAUGCUGUAUGCAGUAUAAGGUUGGGGGAGAAGAGAGAUGGGGGGGUGAGAGAUAAGGGGGGUAGUAAACUUUUUAUCUUUUACCUAGUAUAUAUGUGAGGUUUUUGUUGGUAGGUGAACAUCUUCUGAGGACUCCUCCGGGUGUCCUUUUUAUUGUACCUUCAUGGUGUUGUGGGGGGGGGGGUGUUGGAAGGGACCACAAGCAUCAUCUAGUCCACCCCCUGCAAUGUAGGAAUCUUUUACCCAGCCUGGGGCUCGAACCCACAACCCUGAAAUUAAGAGUCUCAUGCUCUUCCAACUGAGCUAUCCCACUUACUUUGUUUGCUAUCGUUGCACAUCCUAUAACUUCCUGCUGAAAUCCUGUAACUUUUUAUAGUACAAAUCUUCCGGUUUAUUCCACCCCCCUCCUGCUUUUAUUGCGCUAUAGUGCAAGAGGGCCCCUCCAGAUGGCAAUAAUGUGACAACAGAACAACUAAUAAAGUGGAAUGGAUGUGUGGCUUGCGCUGUUAUUGCACCAAUGACAUCUUGUAGAAUACACCUGCUCAAAAAAGCAGUCUGGAGGGGCCUUUAGACUUUUUGUGUAAUCCUAGUGUUGUGUUUGUACUUGAAUGCCUGGCCUGGAAUCACCCUAAUCAUUUCACUCCUUGCCCUCCAUUUCUAAUCUGCACAUUUUCCCCUUUUAAACUUCUAGUAAAGGGGGGGUGGGGUGGAUCCCUUGGACUGUGCAUGGCCCAAAUUUGAAGGGUCUAGCUAACCUAAAAGUACCAUUGCAAUUAAAGUGCCAUUAAGUCAGUCAGUAAGUGAGGCAAUCAUUAGAUUCAGAGCAGGUUGCCACUUGGGACUUGUAUAGUAUUUAAAGGGAAAUAGCUUGCCUUACAAUUCCACCUCGUUAUGUAUGUCAGUGAGUACCUUCUAAACUUAGAAUCCAAUAGACUUCAUUUGGCAGUUUGUGGUAUUUAUUCUGUGUGGACAUGCACAUUAGUAUAGGUUUGUGGAGCACUCCGGCACGUGAGUGUCAUAUUUAAACGGGCAGAUUAGGUCAGUUUUGAAAUCCUUUCCAAACCUAUGUAGAAGACAAACUCCAUUAAACGCUUCUUUGUCAGUUUCCUUCAGGGAUAGACACUCUGCUAUUCCCCAUCCCCAUUUUACUUCAGCCUUGGAUGCUAAAGCACACUAAAGGAAAUAUCCUAAUCAGUCUGGUGGCCUUGCUAGCAGGAGACGUCCUCACUUGCCUGCCUUUUUAUUGCCAUGCUCAUUCUCCUGGUUUGAGACAAAAGCACAGCUAAAAACUGGGACCUUGGUGGCUGCAGUACAUGGUGUCCCAGGGAGCACUGGUGCCUAGCCCAUUACUUACAGGAAGAGUAGUGGGGAAUAAGAGGAAGAUGCUUACAGUCUCUCUUGACGAAGCCUCCUCAGUUCUAGCAUGUAGAACAUCUGUGCAUUUAGCUGCAGCCACGUGUGUGUUUGUGUGUGGGUGUUCUUCCUUGUAAUAGUUCCUGCCUCUGAAGCAGCCCCCAGUGCUGAGUUGUGUUAGCACUUUCAUGACACUCCCUCGCUGCUCAUUCCUGCACAGCAAACUGCACUUGCCCAAGAUCGCUCUUCCAUAAAGCUGUUGAAGGCAUAGGAGCCCCAUCUUGCUUUGCAUCUGUUCAUCCGUAAGGUAGAGACGGAAAAAUAGUUCCAAAAUGUGAGUCCCGUGCUGCCGGGUCAGCUCAGGUUACAAGUGGUUCUGCAUUUUGGAAAAAAGAUGACUCUUAAAUUGGUUAAUGUGGUUCUCAACCUGUGGGUCCCCAAGAUGUUGUUGGACUACAACUCCCAUCAUCCCUGACCACUGGUCAUGAUAGGAGUUGUAGUCCAACAACAUCUGGGGACCCACAGGUUGAGAAACACUGAAGGGUGGCAAACCGUGGCCCAUUAGGCUGAGUCCAGCCUGCCAAACCACUACAAGUGGCCCGACAGCUGCCGGUGAUUUGAAUCACCAUCACAGCACCAGGCUGAAAAAGAAGUUUAAAGUUCUCCUCUCAACAUUAUGAAGGAAGCAUUGCCCCAUUGAAUUGCUAGGAUGAUGGAGGGACACUUUGAAUCUUCACUGCAGUGGGAAGAAGUGUUGUGUGUGCAAGUGAGUUGAUGUGUGUUUGAAGAUAGGAGUGUGAGAGAGUGAAAGAGUUUUCCUUCCUCUAUGUGUGGUGUGUGUGUAUAUUGUGAAUUUGUGGUGUAUAUCUCUGUGUGUACACAACCACUUUGGCCAUGAUCACUCUUGUGCCCACGCUGGCAAAUAGCUUUUGGGUGACUGGCCAACGUGAGCCCAAACCCUUAAAAAGGUAGCAGCAACCCCGCUUUAGUUGAUUACCAGUUACGCUGAUUAAAGGUUGCCACUCUAGAAAGCAGUUGUAGAUGAAGGCAUAUAAAAAUAUUGUUAUUUUGGUUGCUUUAUUUAUUGGUGACCUUUUGGUUGUAAUAGCUCCCAAGCUCACAAUGAAAACAAUUCACAAAGUAGUCCAAAUCUGAGGAAAUAAAUCCACUCGUCAAGAACCCUGCCCAAGUGGCAACAAUUUGCAAAUUACAUACCAGUUUGCACUAUUAGUCAAAUUAGAAUGUGAUACAUUUUCCUAGCUGGAUAAGACUUUCAUUGUGGGCCUUUAUUUCUGCAAUUGCAUAUCCAUAUAUUUUGCUACAUGAGCUAUCAGCCAAAUAUGUAAACAUGUAAUUGUUGCACACAGGACUUGGGGCAGAAUUUCUUACACAGAGGUAAUAUCUAGGUAAGGAAUUUAUGGGUCUCCCAUAUACAUCCCUGUUUCAGGUAUAAUGCUCAACCAUAAAAGGCUGCAAUGAAGAAAUUCAAAGCAUCCACUUCCUGUUUUUCACUAACUGCAGUUUCCUGGUACAUCACACAAACUGUGAUUAGUUUAAACCAUAUCUCAAACUAUGGUUUAUGAACCUGGCUUGAUAAUGAACUAUAAUUUAAACCAGUGCUUUUCAGACUUCAGGCUUGUGGGAUCUACAAUGUGUUUUUCCUAUAAACCAGGGCCAGGGGCAACAUAUUGGCUCAUGGGCUGGAACUGUCUGACAUAAAUCAUAAACUGGAAUAACCUGAAGAUAUGAGUACAUAUCUAUAUCUUCGUACAGAUCAGGGCUUUGGAAUACAAAACUUUGUGCCAACAAUAUUUGCACAAAGACCUGGUCAAAGGCAAAUUAUUUAUAUUCAUGUUUUACAGGAGAGGAACACAGAGACUAAUAAGUGACUAGCCCGAGGUCAUUAAAGGCAGGGAGAUAAAUUUUUACUUGCUAUGGUUAAAUUAUUGGGAGUCAGAAACCCAUGCUGAUCUACUGCAAGUCAUCCAGAGAACUACCAUUAGAACCUUGUCUAUGUUUUGCCCUCCACUAGUUUAAACUAGCCAUAGUUGGCACCAUUUUUAGACACAAUAAACAAUAGUUAGUGAAAGGCAGGAAAUGGAUGCUUCCAAACCCUCACAGCCAAGGGGAGUGUAUGAGCCCAAGGUUAAUGCCCACUCAUUCAUAAUUUAGUGUUAUGUCAAAAUAGGCCACUGAGCCAAACCACUGAUAUAGCUACUCAUUGACUAUUUUGGUUGGCAGUGGCUGUCUCAAGGCCACAGGCAGUCCUGCUUGUUGUGGUCCUCUAACUAGAGGUAACAGGGAUUGAAUUUGGAAAUAAAACGUGUUAUGUGUCAGAGCUGUUCCCUCUCUGCAAUCAGGAUUCAAACCUAUGACUUGUGGCACAUUUUCAAAGUGAAAACCCUGUGCUUUUCACGUAGUGCAUGGGCCUUCAUCAGGAUCUUUGAUUUCAUCAGUCAAAAAAUAUAUCAAUAGUGCAAACAAUAACUGAAUAUAACACUUAAAGUGAUAAAGCAAUAGGCAUGGAUAGCAAAGAUCCUAAGAUUUAACGGCUAUCAUGCAGUGAUUCUGCAUACACAAACUUAGGAGGAAUUUCCAUUGUACAUGCAUAAGUCAAGGACAAAGAUAACCAAGUUAUCUUGUCAACUCACUUAGACAAUUUCAUUGUCGGCCAUCAGUGUUUGGGAAUCCUAAUUCUGGAAUUGCUAAUUACAAAACUUUCUAAACAUUUCGGGAGGUGUUCAUGUGCAAUUUGGAUAGGGCAUAUACCAAUUAAACCAUAUUCACAUGAUAGGUCUGCAAGAAAAACUACUGCAUACUUAUAGACUUGAUGUAUUUGGAUGCAGUGUAUAUGUCAGCACAAUUAUGUAUUCACUAGUUUAGCGUGCAUUAGACAAGCUGCCUGUUGCCAUUUUCAUUUGCAAGCUACUUCAGAAUAAUCAGCAAUGAAUUAGUUUUAAAAGCAGGCAGUUAGUUUCAAUCCAGCCAAAGUCAGUCUCAGCUGAAAUCGACAAGACUUGAGUUAGGCUGCAAGCUUGUUCAUAUGGAUUUGGGGAUUAGACAGAAUAAGUAUUUAGUACCAAGCAGACACGCAUAGAAUUAGGCUGGAGGUCGCAAGUAACUUGUAUCCCCCCAAAAAUCUCAAUAAUGAAAGCAAUAACUGCAGGUACUUAAAAUAAUAAAGCAAUCUGUCAUUGUUGGCAAAGAUCCUAAGAUUUAUUGACUGUAAGGCUGCAGUCCUUUAUAGGGCAGUGAGGACUGCAGCCCAAUUCUAUGUAGAUUUACUUGGAAGCAAGUCUUCACUGUGUUCACUGAGUCUCACUACAAAGUAAGUGUCCAAAGGAGUACAGCCAUAGCUAUUUCUAACUUUUGUUAGAUUGGAACAAAUGCUUUAAAAAGCCUCUGCCUUUUAUUAUUUUUAUGUGUGUUCUGUUGAGAAUAAUCAGCAGCUCAACCGUGUUUUGAAGACCGUCUGCCAAAUCAACAAUGAGCUACUUGAAUUACUUGGCAGCUCGAUGUGGUUUUUUUCAAGCUAUUUUUCUGUUACAUGCACUCUUUUACAUACACCAACUCUGUGGAAGUUUACAAUUGGUUUAUAAAAGACGAAAUCACUGCAAAACUCUGAUAUACACAUUUUAAUCUAAAAAUCAACUGCCUUUUUAGGGCAAGGAUGCAGAACUGACUGCUGUCCCCAGGCCCACCCCACCCUGUCUCCUUGCACCCCUUCUCCCCAUUGCUGAGCUGUUAUCACUGAUAAAAUUAGCUGCAGGGGGGAACUGCAACAGGAACUCUGUUCUCCCACCUGCUUGCUCAGCUGACCAGAGAUAACAGCACAGCACUGUGGAAGAGGAAGUAUGGCAGAAUCCUACCGCCAAAGCUGCCCUCUUACACACCAUUGUACCACAAGCUUCACAGAGCAGCGAAAGUGCCAGCAAAGCACCUGUUGCAGGUGUAUAUAGAAAGAGGCACGCCUUCAGAUAUUCAGAGCCCAAGACAUUUAGGGCUUUGUAUGUCAACAUAGGAGGGACGCGGAUGGCGCUGUGGGUUAAACCGCAGAGCCUAGGGCUUGCCGAUCAGCAGGUUGGCGGUUUGAAUCCCCACAACAGGGUGAGCUCCCGUUGCUCGGUCCCUGCUCCUGCCAACCUAACAGUUCAAAAGCACGUCAAAGUGCAAGUAGAUAAAUAGGUACCACUCCGGUGGGAAGGUAAACGGCGUUUUCGUGCGCUGCUCUGGUUCUCCAGAAGCGGCUUAGUCAUGCUGGCCACAUGACCCGGAAGUUGUACGCCGGCUCCCUCAGCCAAUAAAGCGAGAUGAGCGCUGCAACCCCAGAGUUGGUCACAACUGGACCUAAUGGUCAGAGGUCCCUUUACCUUUACCUGUGUCAACAUAAGCAUCUUGAAUUGGGCUCAGAAGUACCAGUGCAGCUUUUCUUAAGAACGGAUGUCAGCAUCCUAUCCUCUGUGUUCUGCACCAGUUGCAGCUUCUGAACCAUCUUCAAGGGCAGCCCCACACAGAGUGCGUUAAAACAGCACAGUUUCCUGCAAGCUCAGUAAAGUUUUUGUGUUUGGCACAUACACACCACGCGCACACCAAAUUAAUAUAGUAAUUCUCCGUCUCAUUCACCGCUAAGAGACAUUGUUAAAACAAUUUUUAAUAAUAACCGCACAGCCUGUUUGUCAAGACCCCUUCUCAACCUGUGAGAGAGUACUGGAAUUGCAAAAGCACCUUAAACUUUAGUAGUCUAGCAUAACUGCCUUGUGGCAGAAACUGAUAAAAAUUGACAUCAUUUACAGCCGUAUCUUGGGUCUCAAAUGCCUUGGCUCCUGAACAAAUCGGCUCCCGAAUGAUCGAAACCAGACGUGAGUGUUCCAGUUUUUGAAUGAUUUUUGGACGCUGAACAUCUGGCGCAGCUUCCGAUUGGCCGCAGGACGCUCCUGCAGCCAAUCGGAAGCCGUGCCUUGGUGGUGUAGAGUGGUGUAGGCUUUUAAGCAUUGGUUGCAUAGUUAUACAGAAGAAGCAUCUUGCCUGGUGGUGUAGAGCUCCAACGCUAGCUUCCUGGCAUUAGCACAGAUGUCAGAAGCAAGAUGGCAGCGAAGCCAAGGUUGUGCAAGUGCGCUGUGGCUCUGCCAGCGUGUUCGCACAAGCACAACCACCUUGUCCCUCUAUCUCCCAGUAAGCAGCAGUGACAAUGUUGCCAGGAAGUAGCUGUUGCAGUUUCAACCCAUCAGGCAAACCACUACCCUCUAAAUGCUAACAACCAUCGUUUCCUGCUGACAAUAUAGUGAGUAAAGGUAAAGGUAAAGGGACCCCUGACCAUUAGGUCCAGUCGUGGCUGACUCUGGGGUUCCGGUGCUCAUCUCGCUUUAUUGGCCGAGGGAGCCGGCGUACAGCUUCCGGGUCAUGUGGCCAGCAUAAUUAAGCCACUUCUGGCGAACCAGAGCAGCGCACGGAAACACCGUUUACCUUCCCGCAGGAGCAGUACCUAUUUAUCUAGUUGCACUUUGACGUGCUUUCGAACUGCUAGGUUGGCAGGAGCAGGGACAGAGCAACGGGAGCUCACCCCGUUGCGGGGAUUCAAACCGCCAACCUGCUGAUCAGCAAGUCCUAGGCUCUGUGGUUUAACCCACAGCGCCACCCGCGUCCCAUUAUCAUUUCCUGGCCCUUGUAUGCCAUCUUUGUUUAUUUAUCUAGUUGCACUUUGACGUGCUUUCGAACUGCUAGGUUGGCAGGAGCAGGGACCGAGCAACAGGAGCUCACCCUGUCGCAGGGAUUCAAACCGCCGACCUUCUGAUCGGCAAGUCCUAGGCUCUGUGGUUUAACCCACAGCGCCACCCGCAUCCCUUAAUAUAGUGAGUACAGAGCACUAAACCAUGGUUUAGCAGUGCCUGAGUGAGCCCAAGCAAAGUGUCGAGCUUGCACACUCCUUCUCCUCUCCCAUCCAUCGCUUCUUCCUGUGCAGCUGAGUUUUUCUUUUGAAGUUCCUGACUUGGUGAUAUGUUUGAACCAGGGAUCCUGGUUUAACAAGCUCUGUUAGGCUUCAUAACAAACCAAUUUCAUACCAUGGGUCAUGAAUCUCUGUGCUAUUAAAAGUUUAAACUUGAUUAAAGAGUUUGUUUUAAGUCAGGAACCCUGGUUUAAUGCUAAGCUAUGACUUUUUAAAAGUAAAACAAAACUCUGUGGAAGUGUAGCAAUAGGGGUGUCGCAUGUGAGCCAGGGAAGUGAGAGCUGGACCAUAAAGAAGGCUGAUCACUGAAGAAUUGAUGCUUUUGAAUUAUGGUGCUGGAGGAGACUCUUGAGAGUCCCAUGGACUGCAAGAAGAUCAAACCUAUCCAUUCUUAAGGAAAUCAGCCCUGAGUGCUCACUGGAAGGACAGAUCGUGAAGCUGAGGCUCCAAUACUUUGGCCACCUCAUGAGAAGAGAAGACUCCCUGGAAAAGAUCCUGAUAUUGGGAAAGAUGGAGGGCACAAGGAGAAGGGGACGACAGAGGACAAGAUGGUUGGACAGUGUUCUUGAAGCUACCAGCAUGAGUUUGACCAAACUGCGGGAAGCAGUGGAAGACAGAAGUGCCUGGUGUGCUCUGGUCCAUGGGGUCACAAACAGUCGGACACGAAUAAACGACUAAACAACAACAUGUGAGCCAGAAACUUUGUUCAGGCUCAUCCACAUAUGUAGCUCCUAAGCAUGGUUUAGUGUUGUGUGAGAAUGUAGCUGCUAUACCGCCUACUGUUCUCAGUAAUUUGCAUAAAAUUAGAGAACAGUAUUCUAAUGGAGUUUAGGGAUACUGUAUUCUGAAUGUUUUUAUGAAUGAGCUUAGCAAACGUGACUGCUUUGCUUUGAUCCAACAGUGCAUGUUUAGUGUUGUGUAUUUAAAUUGCUUAAUGUAAAUGAGAUCUGAACUGGAGCUUUGCAUACUGAAGAAGUGCUAGAAAAGCGAUAAAUAACAACUUGAAGAUCAAGCUUGUGCGUUGUUAAUCAUGUCUUAAGUUAGACAUUGCUUUCACGCUUCGGCUCAAUUAGCAUUUGGUCAUCAUCUUUUCGCAUGCAAAUUGUGGUGAAAUAUUUAUUAGGGAGCGUCACAAAAGAUUCAAGUCGUAAUGAUAAAUGGCAUAGUUUAGGUUAUGCAGCUAGGAGGGAAAUGUUUCAAUCAAUAUUUUGAGAGCACAAGAGUAUGUUUCAUUGCCUAAUGGAACAGAACACAACAUUGUCUCUGAGUAAUCAGAAACAAGCAUUACAUAUGCAAAUUCCUUUUUGGCCUUUAAACAAAACAAAAAAAAGUUCUUUCUUCAGUGAAUAUAUAUCAUAAAGACCAUUCCAGACCUGACACAUGGAAUACACUUUUAAAAAUUACAAUAUAUAUCCUCCUUUCUCUUCCUUCUGUCUGAAUUUUCUUCUCAUGCAUGCGUGCACACACACAUUUCUGCUACACCUCCUGAAAUUCCUUCCUCACAACUAUUAGAGUUCCAGGAGCCAGGCCCUCUUCUGCAGCUGACCACCCUACAGAUUCUGGUCCCUGAGGCAGUGAGAAGCCCAUUUCAGCCCUGGGACACUUGUUUUCUUCACUUCUAUUAAUGCUUAGGCACAGCACAGGCACUGUAUUUUUUUUUUAAAAAUCCCGCACCAUAGGAGAGGCUGCAGUCCUAAGAAAUAUGUCCUCUUGCACUGAACGGGACUUCUUAAUAAGCAUUCUUCAGAACUUGCUGAAAUCCGAGGUCAGCAAUGCCACAAACUUUUUGCCUCUCCCACUGCACACAUUUUGUGGAUAUUAAUGACGAUAAAAGUGCCAUUUGGAACCACAGUUAUAAUUGCCUUUCCAGCUCGUUGUGGCAGAUCAAUGUUUCAGCAAUGCUAAAGAACCCUUGCAUUUAGAGGGGUGUGUACAUUCAGAAUCAAGAAGGAACAUGGCGUAAUGGGGAAAGGGUUCAUUGGGCAAAGUGCUGUGUAUCACUUAACCUCUAACCUAGCAGGGCGAAUUUUUAAAAAGCCAUUAAAAAAAAGUAAUCUUAUAUUUAUAUGCUUUUUAAAGAAAAGCAGGUUUUAAAAUUUCAACUUGUAGAAAGUGUCUCUUUUUAAAAACAACCUGCUCAUACUGUUUGACGCUUUCUGGCACUUGUAAGUCUUCCUUACUUAAGGUUGCCAUCAAUUUGUCUUUGAGAAAAUCUCCGUGACUUUAAUAUUUGCAUGACUGACAGAAAUUCAACAAGUGUGUCAUCUCCCAUCUCUGUGUCAGGAAACACAGCACUUAUUGCAUUUCUGCCUGUCAGUUAUAUGCUAAAGAUUCAGAAUUUCUGUUGGAAGAAGAAAAGAGGCAAUCGUACUUUAGAUUAACAUGAUGUGAGCCUUUGGGAAGGGGGAAUAUAUUAUUCACAUCUUUAACUGUGUUUACCUCCUUAUGGCGAGAGGCAGAAGGCUGCUGUGGUUUUGACUACAGCGUUCCUUAGAUCCACCUAUUUCAUAUCUUUUUCUUAAUUCCCAAGUGCAGAUUUCUACACUCCCACAUGAUGGAAGAUACAAAACUGACAGUUGCUUUGUUUCCAGAUUCUUUUAGCUCUCUCCCUGGGGUUUUUGAGAAAUACAAGCACAGUCUCCAGGUACUUUUGAAGUAUAAACACAAACAGCACCUGCCUCUAUCUGUAUCGAUCUGAAGCGACAGAGAAAGCACUGCCAAUCUUUCUUUACACAGAGAGGUAAUGAUUUUGUGCCCCUCAGUAAUCCCCUCAACACAAAAGCCCCAGCUUUUAAUGGGAAGACAUAAUGUAUAGGGAGCAAAAGGGGCACAUCCUCUUCUGGCAGAUCAUAACAAACAGCCAGUUUCCCCAUAGUCUACAACAGAGUGCCCUUUCUGCCGAAUAGUUGGCCCACUUUUGGCCCAAUUAAUGAGGAUUUCCUGGACCUGUUCAUCCUUAAACAUCCAUGUGUAGUGGCACAGUGGGUUUCGUUCAUCAUAACUGCAUGCACAGCUGCAUGUAAAAGCAACAGAACGUAAAUAAACCUCACAAAUAAGGCAACUGACAUUGCAGAGAGAAGAAUUCUAUUCCUUUUGUAGUGGCUGCUUCAGCAAAGCAACUUUUAUUUAUUUCCUUAUUAAAGCCCCAACAGCCAUAUGCUAAGCUGUUAACAAAUAUUUUAUGCUUAGAUGCAACGUGGAUAUCUUUACUAUCUGCUUGGCUGUGCUGGCUUUCUUAGAACACAAAUUAAUAAGUAGUACAUGGAGACAAAGUCGUAUAAAAUUGUUCUAGUAAUGCUUCUUUGAGUUAUUGAGGGUGGGAUAUCUCACUCAUCGCUGUUGGUGGGUUAUAAACAUAUAAAACCAUAGCAUACCAUAAAUAAUACAAUGAUACACUAGAAGAGCAGAUAACCACACCUGAAAAAUUCAUACUAAAGCCAACAGAUACUAUUGUCAGUUCCCUAAAAAUACAUCAUAUACAUCACAUAAAAGCUUGCAGAAAUAAAUAGGAUUCAAGCUGGUUCUGUGCAAUAGGGUUCCAGCCUACGCUGAAGCCAACUUGCACUGAGGACUUUGCACAUAGGCUUCCCUAAUGCAGACACCCAUGGUAAAGAAUGGACAGCAGGUGUGUGGAAGGCAUACAGUGCCAGGGCUGAGCCAGUGGCGCAUGGUCCCACUGCCUCUUUGUAUAUGUACAGCCCCUUCAUGCGCUUGACACGGAGGGAACAUAAACCAUGGGCAUUUGGAACCUUUUACACAAUUCUUCAGAUCCCAGUCUGUCUGAUGAUGGUGGUGGUGGUGUUGGCAUCCAUCUGCCUCAAAAGACAGUAGAGUGCACCUCUGGGGGUGAAGCCAAACUGCUGUGUUAGCAGUACUGAAGUUACCUCCCCAUGGUACAAGCCUGGGCAGUGUGUAUGGAGGUCCUGGGCUGAUGUGGUCCAAAGGAAAGCAGAGCAAUAUGUUUGGCACCAACUUGGCUGCAGUAGUCGUCAGAAGGAUGUGUACAAGGUGCCAUCCAACCAUCUCAGGGACGCCACUCCAGUUUUGUGUAGGGUUUUACUCCUUAGCCUUUUCUUCCCAAUAUAUCCUGCAUAGCAACAGAGGUUUAGGAUCAGAGUAUUCCUUCUCCUAGAUGGACUACCUUCCCAGGUUGAUGAGCCCUAUCUGCCCCUCACUUCCCUGUACAGCACAUGCAGAAACCCCCUUCUUGACCAUUGGGCCCCCUAUUAGUCUUAUCUGGUCAAUCCACAAGAGCCUGUCUUUGUAUGGAGGGGAAUUCUCUAACUUUGAGACCCAUUGGCUACCCACACCUGGUUUAGCCAGCCAAUUGAAGCCAUUUCCUGGGGUGUGGCCACUGUCGAAUGCUGACAGCUUCUUGGAGCCACAGGUGAGAGCUGAGUGCAAGAUGGGGCCCAAAGGUGGACAAGCUACCCCAGAAGAAACACAGCACGUCCCCCACCAGAGGUACUACCCCUGCCCUAACAAACCCCACCACCACCUGUUAUUUAGAUGGUUUUAUGCUGCUUUUUUGCCUAAACUAGUUACCAUUUGCCGUGAAUAGCAUGUAAUAAAUCCAAAGUCUACAAACAAUUCUUGCUUGUGUAUUGUACGUUGCUGACUUGGCAUCAUUGCUGACAUGUGCCUUUGCCCCCAUAUAUUGUUGGAAUCUGGUUGUGGGUGCACACAAGUAUAUGAUUUGAGCACCAGGAUUUUCAGUUUGAAAUGAAAGACAUUUCCUUUGUUGAUUUUAAUUUCAUAAAAUCAAAGUGCCCGGCAGAUACACUUCUGAUAAAAAAAGGCUUCUGGAAAAAAACGUGAUCAUUGUAUAGGUCCCUGUAAGCAUUAUUUUUAGUGGCGGCAGAAGAAUUAGCACAUGUCAUGUUAUGACUCCCCUAAUAGCAUUGGAGUAGCUCAAGAUGCUUUGGUGCUUAUAAUCUAGGUUACAGGGAAAAGUUUGAUGAUUUCAGCCAGAAUAAUAAUCGAGGAAUAUUUUUAGAACUUGGAGCAUUUUCCUUAAUGUAAGCAGAGUUUAAGAUAGCUACUUUAUCCUCUUUUCUGGGGAUUUAAUUAAGGGAGGAUAACAGAGGAUCAGAUCAGAGGGCAGAGUCAGUCAUGCUUAAGUUCAAAUAAAUCUAGAAUAACUCAUACAAGCAUAAAGUUGGAAAGGACUUCGUGGGUCAUUUGGUUCUGUUUACUGCAACUUGAGUCAUCAUCCGUUGUGCCUAAUUAUUGACUUAUGUAUGUGGGCCUCAUAAGUGAUGUUGGUGGUCGUCACUGGGCAUCCUGGGGGUGGGGCGGAGUACCUGCAAUUUACAGUGCUAGUGAUUGCUUCAGAAAAGAGAUGGCCUUGCUUCGUGAUGUGCCCCUGACAUCAGCACAUCCAACUCUUAUCACAGUCCCGAAAAGCUGAAUGCACUCUUAAACUAGGCAAAGGUAAAGGGACCCCUGACCAUUAGGUCCAGUCGUGACUGACUCUGGGGUUGCGGCACUCAUCUCGCUUUAUUAGCCGAGGGAGCCAGCGUACAGCUUCCGGGUCAUGUGGCCAGCAUGACUAAGCUGCUUCUGGGGAACCAGAGCAGCGCAUGGAAACGCCGUUUACCUUCCCGCCGGAGCGGUACCUAUUUAUCUACUUGCACUUUGACAUGCUUUCGAAUUGCUAGGUUGGCAGGAGCAGGGACAGAGCAACGGGAGCUCACCCCGUUGCGGGGAUUCAAACCGCCAACCUGCUGAUCAGCAAGUCCCAGGCUCUGUGGUUUAACCCACAGCGCCACCCGCGUCCCAUUAUCAUUUCCUGGCCCUUGUAUGCCAUCUUUGUUUCUUCCUCAAAUCACUCCUUAAAGCUCUUUUCCCCCCCAAACCCCCACACACAUAACCCCACAUAACUGAAACAAAGCCUAAGUGGUACCUCGGGUUAAGAACUUAAUUCGUUCUGGUGGUCCGUUCUUAACCUGAAACUGUUCUUAACCUGAGGUACCACUUUAGCUAAUGGGGCCUCCUGCCGCCGCCGUGCAAUUUCUGUUCUCAUCCUGAAGGAAAGUUCAUAACCCGAGGUACUAUUUCUGGGUUAGCGGAGUCUGUAACCUGAAGCCUCUGUAACUCGAAGCGUCUGUAACCCGAGGUACAACUGUACAUGCAACUACAUGUACGGUAAGUCAUCCCUGUAUUCAAGCACUGGUAGCCAUAGCUGAGAAUGAAUUCCACAAAGGCCAAUGAGUGGACUAGUAAAAAGGUAAAGGUAAAGGGACCUCUGACCAUUAAGUCCAGUCGUGGGUGACUCUGGGGUUGCGGCGCUCAUCUCACUUUACUGGCCAAGGGAGCCAACAUUUGUCCGCAGACAGUUUUUCUGGGUCCAUGACUAAGCCACUUCUGGCGAAACCAGAGCAGCGCACGGAAACGCUGUUUACCUUCCUGCUGGAGGUAGAUACCUAUUUAUCUACUUGCACUUUGACGUGCUUUCAAACUGCUAGGUUGGCAGGAGCUGGGACCAAGCAAUGGGAGCUCACCCCGUCACAGGGAUUCGAACCGCCGACCUUCCGAUUGGCAAGCACUAGGCUCUGUGGUUUAGAGGGAAUUAGCACCUCGUCCCGUCUUUGCACCCAUGAUAGAAAACAAGUAUGGUGCUAUGAGGCCAGAAGGCAUAGCCCACCGAUCCUCUUCUGCCAUCCCCUGGGAGACUAGUGAAUUUCUUUGAAGCCUAGUAACUUUUGUGGGCUCUUGGUGAGAGGCUGAUUUAGAGUAGGAAAAGGUGCAGAAAGGGACAAUGAAAAAGGAUAAAUAGGCAGGACCUGCCUUCUCUGCAACUAAAGUGAAAUAUACUCAGAGUCGCAAAGUGAUUUCAUGCUCUUUAUUCAGCUCAUAGUGGUGAGGAGGAAUGAAUGAAAGUCCCCUCAAAGUAUCUGCUUUAUAUACAUUAUUUACACAAUGGGCUGCACAUGAUUGGCUAAUUCUGGAAUUCUACUGUAAGCCAAUCAGGUUGUGGAUUCACUUAUAUCUGGAGCAUGGUUGGGUGGUUCCUGCCAACUAAUCAUACUGCUGCAUUGUUCUAGGACCAAUCAGACUGCUGCAUUCUGAAUCCUAUUGUUCUAGGACCAAUCAGACUGCUGCAAUUUGGAUCCUAUUGUUCUAGGACCAAUCAGACUGCUGCAGUUUGGAUCCUAUUCAACUCAGUACAUAACAAAAAGGUGGAAGCGUUUGGGUGUUUUUACUUUAGAAAAAAGAUGAUGUAAGGGGAGAUAUAGCAAGGAUAUGUGAAAUGAGUGGUUAUUUGGAAGAUUAGAGAGGGCUUUCCCCUUCUCAGCGGCUGUGGAACAUAGGAAUUGCUCAGUGAAACUGGCACUGGGUUCAGGACAGACGAAACCAAGUAUUUGCACACCUUUAACCAAUCUAGAGAGCUGGACCAUAAAGAAGGCUGAUCGCCGAAGAAUUGAUGCUAUUGAAUACUUGAUACUUACCCAACUUUAUUUUUAGUCGUAUGUAGCAAAGGCAGUGAGAGAUUUUACUUUCUUGGGCUCCAUGAUCACUGCAGAUGGGGACGGCAGUCACGAAAUUAAAAGAUGCCUGCUUUUUGGGAGAAAAGCAAUGACAAACCUAGACAGCAUCUUAAAAAGCAGAGACCUCACCUUGCCAACAAAGGUCCAUAUAGUAAAAGCUAUGGUUCCCAGUAGUGAUAUAUGGAAGUGAGAGCUGGACCAUAAAGAAGGCUGAUCGCCGAAGAAUUGAUGCUAUUGAAUUGUGGUGCUGGAGGAGACUCUUGAGAGUCCCAUGGACUGCCAGAAGAUCAAACCUCUUCAUUCUGAAGGAAAUCAGCCCUGAGUGCUCACUGGAAGGACAGAUCCUGAAGCUGAGACUCCAAUACUUUGGCCACCUCAUGAGAAGAGAAGACUCCCUGGAAAAGACCCUGAUGUUGGGAAAGAUGGAGGGCACAAGGAGAAGGGGACGACAGAGGACGAGAUGGUUGGACAGUGUUCUCAAAGCUACCAACAUGAGUUUGACCAAACUGCGGGAGGCAGUGGAAGACAGGAGUGCCUGGCGUGCUCUGGUCCAUGGGGUCACGAAGAGUCGGACACGACUAAACAACAACAGCGAAUAUACAGUUGGUUUCUUAUGUGCCUGAUAUGCAGCAUUAUGAAAAUGAAAAGAUAGACAGACGUAAAAUUGAGGGAAUUAAACCGGUACACUUUACCGACAGUGGCACAUUGUGAAACUAGGAGUCUACUAAAAAAAGGCACUGUAAUUAGGUCAUCCCUGAACUGAAGCAGGGGCUCAAAACUCUUAAGGUAUUAUCUUCCCUCUGAGCACUUUUCACAACUACAUUUACUGACUGUAUUUAGCAUUUCGUGUGCUUUCUCUUAUGUUGCUCGUUUUAAAAAGUGUGCAGUGGACUCCUGCUGCCGCAGAGAUUACUUUACCAAAUUAUGUACUUUUCUGAAACUUGUUGCAUAUGGAGGAAAACCUGGGUGAAACAAUAGAUGGUCAAAAACCAGGUGAAACCAAAAAGCCUAUACUUGGUGUCAAGCCCAUAAAAUGAUGCAUAUAACUUUCCUGAUGCAGAAAAGGAUAUUGUAUUGCAGGCACAGCCUUGCAUGUAUGUAGUCAUUGUCUUGGCCAUGACUGCAGCCUGGAGGCCAAUAUUAUUCAGCAACCCUAACCCCCAUCCAGGUCCUUGAGGGGGAAUACAUUUGACAGCAAAGUUAGCUUCCUUGUGAGGAGAGAACACUGGAGAUCUAUUACGUGUUUGUCAUAUUUGCAAAUGUUAUGUAUUUACAAAUAUGUAGAUGUAGACCUAGACAGCAUCUUAAAAAGCAGAGACAUCACCUUGCCAACAAAGGUCCGUAUAGUAAAAGCUAUGGUUUUCCCAGUAGUGAUGUAUGGAAGUGAGAGCUGGACCAUGAAGAAGGCUGAUCGCAGAAGAAUUGAUGCUUUUGAAUUAUGGUGCUGGAGGAGAGUCCCAUGGACUGCCAGAAGAUCAAACCUCUUCAUUCUGAAGGAAAUCAGCCCUGAGUGCUCACUGGAAGGACAGAUCCUGAAGCUGAGACUCCAAUACUUUGGCCACCUCAUGAGAAGAGAAGACUCCCUGGAAAAGACCCUGAUGUUGGGAAAGAUGGAGGGCACAAGGAGAAGGGGAUGACAGAGGACGAGAUGGCUGGACCGUGUUCUCGAAGCUACCAGCAUGAGUUUGACCAAACUGCGGCGGGCAGUGGAAGACAGGAGUGCCUGGCGUGCUCUGGUCCAUGGGGUCACGAAGAGUCGGACAUGACUAAACGACUAAAUAACAGACUAAACAACAACAACAGUGAAGUAGAAAGCAAGCGGACACACAAACAGGCAUUGUUAGUCCUAAAGCAGUGUCGGAUCCCAUAUGCGACUGCACACUUUGAAUGAACCUCCCCGAAGAUGCAUAUUGUCAGCUAGCUCCAGCAGCCCAAACUACUUAAUUAUUGUCAUUUAUUUAUUUAUUAUGGCCCUUUAUAUAAUGCCAUUCAACAAUCUGCAUUAACAAAAAUAAUAUAAAUAAAAUCAAUAUUUUUAAAUAAAAUAAAAUUAAUAUGAUUAAUAUAUUAGCAUGCCUUCAUUCCUGGGGGAAUCCUUUCCCUAACCUUCAUAUGCACACCUUAGCGUGAACCUUGAGCUCUUUGAAGAAAAGUCUACAAGGACCAGAAUUACCGCAAUCAAAAUUAAUUUGUAAAAACAAGUACUCCUUGUACCCAGAAUAUGUUUCCUGGGUGAUUUCUAAAAGGAAAAGAAAUGUGUGACAGCAACAUAACGAUAAUCAGAAGUAGUAUUGCAGUUAAAAAGUAGAUGAAUGCAACGAACCAAAUCUAUUGAAUUAACGAGACACGAUGUAUUUGUAUUUAAAAUACAAAAGGGGUUUUAUUUUGAAACCUGAAAGACUGCAUAGCAAAAGUGUAAUGCUUUUGUUAUUAUUCAUUAAUAUUCUGCCAGCCCUCUCUCUUUCUUUGCACCAGUAAGCCAGACAAUCUGAGCAUGUAAUAAAAUGCAGGUGACUGAUACAAAAUUUGUAGAUUAUGAGGUAGUUGGUGGCCUUCUCACUGCACCCAGCCUUAAUGUAUGUAACAAUGUUUUCUGAAGCAUUUUGGAAUGGUUCAGUUUGAAAAGGGUGUUGUGCAAGGUGUCCUUUGUUUUGUUCCUGUGACAUCACAAAUAUCUGGUUCACAAGAAUCUUAAAAAAAUAUUUCUUGUUAAAGAAUGAAUGUAAGCAAGCCAAACACACAAACAGGAUGCAUCUCCUUUUACAUCAUUUUCAAGGGGAAGGGCAAAAGUGGUGAGUGAACCAGUGUUUGAGAUUCUCAUAUGAUAUGUUCCAGGCAAGCUGGAAUUAUACUGUAGGUGAAAAUCCCAUUGUGAGGACUUUUAAAAUCCCAAAUCACUAUGGGUAUAUUUAGUAAUCGGUCACUCCAAACAUUAAUCUGCGCCUGGGUUGCUGCUCAGGAAAGGAAAGUUUGCACAGGAAGUGAAUUCCUCUGAGGAUAAGCAGCUUUCAUAUUCUAAAAGCAACCUUUUUGGUGAGUCAAGUUUACCUUCAAGUGGGGAAAAACAUCUGUUAGUUACUAGAGGUUUGGGGAAAUACUUAGCUAAAACAGCAAUGUAUUCUCUUCCAUAGUGAGUAAGGUUAUCUAAAAUGUUAUAAUUGAUUCUCUAAUGUCUCUAGAAUAAAGAGGAGGGAGAAAGACAGACAGCCUUCAGAUUCCAUUGAGUUCUGUUUAUUAUUAUCAGAUUGAGGCCAACACAAUUGCAAACCCAUGUGCUAACCCGGCCCGGGAGCUAGCCCGUAAAUAAGGAGACACAACAACAAGUGUAUGGGAUCAAAUUAGGCCAAAACUUUCAGAUGUAGAAAACCUUGGCAUAAUAAUAAUAAUAAUAAUAAUAAUAAUAAUAAUAAUUUAUUAUUUAUACCCCGCCCAUCUGGCUGGGCUUCCCCAGCCACUCUGGGCGGCUUCCAAAAAAAUAUUAAAAUACUGUAAUACAUCAAACAUUAAAAGCUUCCCUAAACAGGGCUGCCUUCAGAUGUCUUCUAAAAGUCUGGUAGUUGUUCUUCUCUUUGACAUCUGGUGGGAGGGCGUUCCACAGGGAGGGCGCCACUACCGAGAAGGCCCUCUGCCUGGUUCCCUGCAACUUGGCUUCUCACAGUGAGGGAACCGCCAGAAGGCCCUCAGUGCUGGACCUCAGUGUCCGGGUAGAACGAUGGGGGUGGAGACGCUCCUUCAGAUAUACUAGUCCUUCAGAUAUACUUGGGCCUUGGGCGGCAUCCCUCUCAGUCCCGGUUGGGUCUGAGGAUGCGCAGGGCAGACAGGUGUUGGGAAGGGGACUGUAAAAUGAGAAUUUACGCAGUGUGCCCCCACUUCACCUGAUGUAGGGAGUUUGACCUUACAGCACCGCUCUAGGCCAGUGACUCCCGCAAUCAACCCUUUAACGGGCCCCGCAUACGCCGCUGCAUGGGGGUGCAUUAACAAUGCUACCUCCCCCCAUUCUGAAGAUAGAUUACACUGGGCAACAAUUUUUUUACUUUUUGAAUGUUGUCUAGAUUUCUACAACUGAUUUAGGGUAUUUUUGCACUGCUGAAUCAGGAAAUGGCAUCCGUUUCUCUCCAUCAGGUCAGGUUUACUGUAAACUGAAUGGUGGGCAUUGAUAAAGGUAAGUACACGUAAAUUGCAUGUUGCUUCACCAUUUUUCAAACUUCAGGGCUUGAACUUCCAUUUCUUGGAACUCCUGGAAUGCUCAGCAGCAGGGAGGUCUCUCUUCAGAGUCCAACAGUAGUCAGCCAUCAUGACUGCGUCCCAGCGACCCUGAUACCUGGUCUCCAUCUCUUUCAUGUCCUGAUGGAAUCUCUCCCCCUGCUCGUCACUCAUUGAACCCAGGUUCUCAGGAAACCGGUCCAUAUGUGAAAAUAGGUAGUGCAUCUUGACGCUCAUGUUGCAGCCCAGGUUUCUGAAAGCAGUCAGCAUGUUGUUGACAAGUUCUGCGUAGUUUCUGGCCUUAUUGUUGCCAAGAAAGUUCUUCACUACCAGAACAAAUGCCUUCCACGCUUCCAGUUCCACUUCGUUCAUUGACUUUCCGAACUCUGGAUCUCUGAUGAGCUGAUGGAUCUGAGGACCGUCAAAGAUGCCAGCUUUCAACUUCUCCAUGGUCAAUCCUGGAAAAGCCUGGCACAAGUAAGUGAAGCAGUCACCAUCCUUGUCCAGAGCCUUGGUGAACUGCUUGAUUAAGCCGAGCUUGAUGUGCAGCGGUGGGAAGAGUAUUCUGUCUCUGUCCACCAGAGGGUCGUUGAUGACGUUCCUUUCUUUGCAAGGCACCAAUUCCUCCCGCACAGGCCAGUCCUUCUUCGUGUAAUGCUGAGCACGGUCCCUACUAUCCCACAUGCACAGAAAACAUGGGUACUUGGUGAAGCCAGACUGUUGUCCCAACAAAAAGUUCACCAUCUUCAGGUCAACACAAAUAAACCACUUAUGCUGAUCAUAACCAAUUUUCUCCAGCACAUACUUCACCGCUUCAUAGUUCUCCUUCAGUGUAGUCGAGUGAGCCAGGGGUAUAGAGGCAAACUGGUUGCCGUUGUGUAGCAGAACACAUUUCAGUGAUCGCUUGCUGCUGUCAAUGAACAGUCUCCAAUCUUUGGGUUCGUACUGUGGCACUCCAAGCUUGAGCAGAAGCUGCGCAAUAUCUGCACAGUACACCAAGUCCUUCUCUUCCGAGAAAAACGGAGGUACUCUUGAUGCCUGUUGCGGAAGAAGCAGAUGCGAGCACUGUCAGAGAGGAGGUUUUUUCCUUCAAUCUGGAUGCCAACAGUUCGGCAGAGUCCUUUGACAAGCUGAGGUCGCGAACUAGAUCAUUCAACUCCUUUUGGGAAAAUGGAUGUGGAGCAUCAUCUUCAAGAACCACUUCUUCUUCUUCAUGUCCUUCAACACUGGAGGCAUCUUCGUCACUAAUGUCAGGAAGUUCUCCGAAGAUAGGCACUGGAAUUUCAUCACAAUGAGCUACAGGACGACGUGCUGAUUGAAGAUCAGGAUACUUGAGGCUGCUCCGGUUCUUUCUGUUGAUCCCCCAACUUUAUGCUUUGCCGCACCAAUUUAUGGAAGAUUUCGAGGUUUUAUGACUUCAAACUGAUCCCUUUUCGACAUAAUCACCCAGAACUAUCGGACCUGAAUACUUCUUGUCAUUAAAAUAAUCAUUUCCAAUCAAAACAAUUAUUCGACAUGGCAUUUUACCCCCACCAACUUCUUCUAAAAUGCUCCACACAAGCGUACAUGUGAACAAAAACGUAAAAAAAUGACAUGUGGCCAUAGCUCAAAAACUUGACCUGAUUGAGCAAAACCAAUGUGAUUUUUGGAUUCAGCGCAUCAGAUUCAUCCUAAAUCAACUGAAAAAACGCAGACAACAAAUUUGUUGUUGACCAGUGUUAUAGGAUUCUAUCCAAGGCCUAAAAACCACCAAAGUUGUGACAAUUGCUACGGGCAAGGCAAAACCCGCAGAGCAGGGAAUAUUCCUUCCUGGCUCUGGGAAACGGCAACCAUCGUGCGACCGUAGCAACGCCCAUGGACCUGAAAAGGAAAGGGUUAGCCUGCAAGAAAACCACAUUAAAAUUAGAGGAAGGGAUGGGUGGGUGAUGCUCCAGAGACUGAAUGGAGAGAUGGUCGGCUGGAUCCCAGCAGUACUUGGUCUUUGCUCCACCCCCCAGCUGGCCGCCAAUUGGGUAGCUGGGGAGGGGGCAGAGCAACAGCCAGCAACUGAAGGGGGGUGUCACCCUGGCACGGGAAGCCCACUCACGGUCGCAAACCCUGCCCACUGCUUUGAUGAGUGAGCGGUAAUUACUUUCAGAAAGUCUGUUAUGAGUGUGUACCUGGACUCGCAUGUACACAGCCAGCACUAUUGUAUGUUCCUAUACACAGUGCUGAGAGGUUUAGGACCUGUCACUGGAGUUAUCACUUGUGCUUGUUAUGGAUGUGUGUUAAUCUAUGCCCACAAGAAACUCUUGCGCAAAGUAAGCUUGUUUAUUAUAGAAAACAGGAGUGACAGAAUAUAUAAAAAUGCUGCUAUGGACAGCAAAGUUACAAUAUAAGCAGGUUUCGUUGUUGUUGUUGUUGUUGUUUCGUUGUUUAGUUGUGUCCAACUCUUCGUGACCCUAUGGACCAGAGCACGCCAGGCACUCCUGUCUUCCACUGCCUCCCGCAGUUUGGUCAAACUCAUGCUGGUAGCUUCGAGAACACUGUCCAACCAUCUCGUCCUCUGUCAUCCCCUUCUCCUUGUGCCCUCUAUCUUUCCCAACAUCAGGGUCUUUUCCAGGGAAUCUUCUCUUCUCAUGAGGUGGCCAAAGUAUUGGAGUCUCAGCUUCAAGAUCUGUCCUUCCAGUGAGUACUCAGGGCUGAUUUCCUUCAGAAUGUAUAGGUUUGAUCUUCUUGCAGUCCAUGGGACUCUCAAGAGUCUCCUCCAGCACCAUAAUUCAAAAACAUCAAUUCUUUGGCAAUCAGCCUUAGUCCAGCUCUCACUUCCAUACAUCACUGCUGGGAAAACCAUAGCUUUAACUAUACGGGCCUUUGUUGGCAAGGUGAUGUCUCUGCUUUUUAAGAUGCUGUCUAGUUUUGUCAUUGCUUUUCUCCCUAGAAGCAGGCGUCUUUUAAUUUCGUGACUGCUGUCACCAUCUGUAGUGAUCAUGGAGCCCAAGAAAGUAAAAUCUCUCACUGCCUCCAUUUCUUCCCCUUCUAUUUGCCAGGAGGUGAUGGAACCAGUGGCCAUGAUCUUAGCAGAUUACAAUACAUACACGCCUUAAUUAAAGAGCAAAGGAUGCCUUAACUUUUCUAAAAGGUCUACAGAUACGUGACCAUAGACUAGAAGUAAAGAUAAAUGGGGGGAGGAAAGUAUACCUGUCCUUAAAGCAAAGCAGAAGUAUGCUGAGUCCUGGGGAGCCCAGCGUAAGUUCUGUCCUGUUGGAGCUAUGAGAGCCAACUCACCUUUGAAUCUACUGUAUUUUUCCAUGUAUAAGACUUGGUUUUCCCCCAAAAAAAUAAUGUCAAAAAUUAGGGGGGCAUCUUAUACUCUGGGCCAUCUUCCCCCAUUUUCUUAAAUCUGAGUCCCCAAAAUUAGGAGGCGUCUUAUACAUGGGGGUGUCUUAUAGAUGGAAGAAUACAGCAAUUUAUAUAUAUACUGGGUCUUCAUCCAGGCACCUCUUGAGCAAUGUGAAACAUCAACCCCUGUGAUUGCCAAGCAAUCACAGUAUGGUGAACUGUGGGCCUCCAGCUCAGACUAUUUUACUUGUUUGAAGGUAGUGUACAUCUGAAGAUAGCUGGGAGGAGGAAAAGAAAGCCUGGAAGAACAGUGGAAAGAGAAGAAAAACCCACCCAAGUACAUCUCCCCCAUGAAGUUUUUCCAUAUCUGUGACUUCCAAUUGCAAGUGCUCUACAUUUACAGAUCGGCUCAAAAGGGCGAAAGAAAGCUUCGCCAAAGCCUUAGAUGGAGUUUGGACUUGGAGCUCAAGGAUCUCCUGAAGGAAGGAUGCUGUACCUUAAAAAAAGCAGUUUUCUCUGUACAAUGGCAGCUCCUACAAUUUCAGCUUCUCUAAUGUCGGGAAAGGGGGUUGAAAGAUUCAGAUGAAAGAGUGUGUAGAAAUUCAGAUAGCUGUGAUUAUUGGGGCAUUAUAUGCAGAGACAACAUUGCCAUAACACUAGAAGACUGACAGCUUUAUUUUCCUCAGUGGUGUUCAAAAGCUUUUUGUAACAUGAGCAGCACACAGCGAUUCAAAGCAAUUUCUCUGAAAGAAAUGCUGCUUAGUGGGAAUUAUUUGUUGUUGGAUAUUGUUGUGUGUGAUUGAAAUGUCACUCCCUGCCCCCUAUAUUUAACCACAGAUUCAAGCCGAUCUUUCCCAGUUGCAAACAGCAGUGGACUGAAUAGAGCAUACACAAUAUGAUAUACUAAUGAAUGUAAUUGGUGAUCUCUUUACUGACCUAUUUAUUCCUAGUUUUUCUUCGUUGCCCUUCACCUUAAGGUCCCGGGGUGGGUUCUAUGAAGUAAAACUCAACCACGAAAUAAUGCAUAAUGAACAAACCAUAAAACCAGCAAUAAAAGCACGAAGCAUAAACUGUAACUGAUAACACCGUUUACAGGGAGGUCAGUGAAAAACUCACACUACACUUUUAAAGGCCAGGGUGCAGUGGUACCUUGGUUCUUGAAGUUAAUCCGUUCCAGGAUUAAUCCGUUCAACUCCCGAAACCAUUCAAAAACCAAAGUGCACCUUCCGAUUGGCUACAGGAGCUUCCUGCACUCAAGCAGAAGCCGUGUUGGAUGUUCAGCUUCUGAAAAGCGUUCACAAACUGGAACACACAAUUCCGGGUUUGCAGCGUUUGGGAGCCGAUUUGUUUGACAACAGCCAUUCGGGAACCAGGGUUCCACUGUAUAUAAAAAGAAGGCCCUGCCAUGAGCUACUGCCCCCUGAGACUUCUAAGGAUGGCAGCACUGUCAACAGGGCCUUUGCUGAUCUCAAUAUGCCAACUGGCACGAGAGGAGAGGAGGUGCUCCUUCAGAUAUUUGAGCCCCAGGUUGCUUAUGACUUCAUGCAUUAACAUAGACACCUUGAAUUGGGCUCAGAAGCAAUGCAGAUGCUUCAGGUGUAAUAGGAGUUUUUACAAGCAUGGCGGACUUCAUUCUGGCUGCUUCAUUCUGCGCCAUUUACAGCCUCCAUGCUAUUUAUGUGCCACUUACAAUUGUAAUCAUCUCUGUGCUCUAACAAGAAACAUAGCAAAUACAAUAAGGAUAAAAUCAAUUAAAAACUACCCAUAAAAUCAUAAAUGACUUCAAAUGCCUGCUGAAAUUACUGAUUUGUUUAGGAUGGGGGGAAACUUGUUAUAUUAAUGAAUGAAUGAAUGGCCAAGGGUGAAUUUGGCAUAGAUGAUGAUAGAUAGAUAGAUAGAUAGAUAGAUAGAUAGAUAGAUGAUAGAUAAAAAGGUAAAGGGACCCCUGACCAUUAGAUCCAGUCAUGACCAACUCUGGGGUUGCGGCGCUCAUCUCGCUUUAUUGGCCGAGGGAGCCGGCGUGCAGCUUCCGGGUCAUGUGGCCAGCAUGUCUAAGCCGCUUCUGGCGAACCAGAGCAGCGCACGGAAACGCCAUUUACCUUCCCGCCGGAGUGGUACCUAUUUAUCUACUUGCACUUUGAUGUGCUUUCGAACUGCUAGGUGGACAGGAGCAGGGACUGAGCAACAGGAGCUCACCCCGUCUUGGGGAUUCGAACCGCCGACCUUCUGAUCAGCAAGUCCUAGGCUCUGUGGUUUAACCCACAGCGCCACAUGCGAUAGAUAGAUAGAUAGAUAGAUAGAUGAUAGAUUGUGAGCAGCCUGCCUGCAGCAUUGAGGACUCGGUAAGACUGAGAACUGAGUGCUUCAUUUUGCCAGUGUGUCAUUCAAAAUGGAGCCGGGACUGCACUAGGCUGCCACUAGCUGUGUAGCCCUUUUGUGAGUUCUGUUUUUGUGUUUCAUCUCCUGUUGAUCGUGAGAAAGGCUAUACUUUAAUCCUUGCCUCUUAAGCGCAAUGAGACAAACAGUGCGGAAUAUAGGUUGGUGGGAAGGUUGAACACAGGCAGCAUAAGAUAACAUCACAGGAUCUUAAAAGCAGUAGUGUUGAGAUUGGGUGGCCAGAAGCAAAAGUAGACAAGGACUUGUUCACUUUUAAUAGGUGCACAGAAGAGGAGGCAUUACAAGCUGCAUCUGCUGAAAUUCUCCCUUCUGCAUCUGCUCUAUUUUUUGCAUCUGCUAUAUUGUCAUCUCUGAUACAGUCCCUGCGCAAGCAUGUCAUACUAAGGAUUUUCAGCAGCUCAACCAGCCCUGUAGCUGUGCUUUUUUUAAACAGCAGAUGACCUCCCAGAAUUAGGUGGAGAAACAUUAUCAUUUGCUAAUUGGUGCACAUCACACUGCUGUUAAAGCUCCAACAGGAAGGGCCAUUUUAAACUUGUAGGAUUGUUCUGUUACUCUGGAAAAAACCUGUUAUCUGUACACAUUCUUAUGUGACUUGAGACUUCAAAGACACUAAAAGAUUCUUGGCACAUAAUUCUUUUUUUUUUUUUUACAAACAGGCUCCCAUGCCCACUAACAUGCAGAUUUCAGAAUGCCUAAUUAACGUGGUACAAAAAUAACUUGUGGUCCAUUUCUAUUUUGGCAGCAGGAAAAGGACAUUUAAGUAUGUAUUUUCCUCUGCAGAAGGCUGGCGUUUGAAAACCUCCCUUCUGGCACAGCUCUUUCUUGUUUUAUUUCAGAGUGAGCUAAUCCCACAGACUUCUUAUCAUGAAAAGUCAGUUUAGAUUUGUAUGUAAUGAAACCAGGUUAUCUGUCAUGCAACCUAAUUAGUUCGUUCCAUCUUAAUUAUGUGUCAUUUCCUUUCCAAGCUCAGAAGCACCAGACCCUGGAAAAACAGGAGGGUGUGCAGGAAUUUCUAACAUACAUACAUAUAAGAAUCGUUAACACGCUCUAUUUAAGCAGGGAGAGUUAUUCUGCCUUUUAAGUGGUUUGCAGAAUAAACACAUGUGCAAAAGUGCCAAUCCAUAGCUGAUCCCUGCUUUAAGCACCAAUAUUCCCUUGCAUUGGCGUUAAUUGAAGUUGGCAACAGAGUGGCUCUUCCUCUGCAGCUGUGACUGGAGCCAUGUCCACAAAUGAUUUUCUUGCGGUGAGAUCAUUCUUCUUGCAGGGGGUUGGACUAGAUGACCAUCCGGUUCCCUUCCAACUCUAUAAUUUUAAGAUUCUGUGGUGGCAGGUAAUUGACAGGUGGGUAGCCCCAUCCACCCAUCAAAAUCAUCUACAGGAGUGAAGAUCUUGCCUUCUGCUUGAUUCACUUCUCGACUGUUGUUUCAAUCUACCGUAUUUUUUGCUCUACAAGACUCACUUUUUCCCCUCCUAAAAAGUAAGAGGAAAUGUGUGUGCGUCUUACGGAGCGAAUGCAGGCUGCGCAGCUAUCCCAGAAGCCAGAACAGCAAGAGGGAUCGCUGCUUUCGCUGUGAUUCAGAGUAUUUUUUUUCUUGUUUUCCUCCUCCAAAAACUAGGUGCAUCUUGUGGUCUGGUGCGUCUUAUAGAGCAAAAAAUACGGUAUUUCAAGAGUACAUGCUUAGCUUGGCCCACUAUAAGGUCAUAAGAAGAAACAAAGGAUUUACCGCUUGCAUUUCUAUCCAGAUGAACCACUUAAGCUUAAGCUUGUUCAACCUCAUCCACUCCAAAACCUUCUCCAGAUAAUUGAUUGUUGCUGGAAUAACUCUGAUUGUGGAUUAUUGGACUGUUCAAAACAUUUUAUCAUUAUUUAUUUAUAAUCACUGUGUCAUUCUGAUACACAUUUGAGCUGAAUUGCAUAUCCAGUUUUCUAUUUUAGAUCUCUCAUUGUGAGUGAUCCUAGAGCAGGCACAGGCAAACUCAGCCCUCCAGCUGUUUUGGGACUACAAUUCCCAUCAUCCCUAGCUAACAGGACCAGUGGUCAGGGGUGAUGGGAGUUGUAGUCCCAAACAUCUGGAGGGCCAAGACUAGCAAAGGGUUAUUUGCUAAGGAUUUUGUCAACCUAGGCAACCUUCACUUUCUCUUUUAGUUAAAUGUAAAAAUCUCCCAUUCUUACAACAUUUUGAAGUAGUUACCGAAAAAGACUGGAGCUACCGAGAAAGACUGUCACAUAGAGGAGGGAGAAAGGUUGUUUUCUGCUGCUCCAGAGAAGCGGACACGGAGCAAUGGAUCCAAACUACAAGAAAGAAAAUUCCACCUAAACAUUAGGAAGAACUUCCUGACAGUAAGAGCUGUUCGACAGUGGAAUUUGCUGCCAAGGAGUGUGGUGGAGUCUCCUUCUUUGGAGGUCUUUAAGCAGAGGCUUGACAACCAUAUGUCAGGAGUGCUCUGAUGGUGUUUCCUGCUUGGCAGGGCGUUGGACUCGAUGGCCCUUGUGGUCUCUUCCAACUCUAUGAUUCUAUGAUUCUAUACUUUUAUUGUGCUAUGGUGAUCUACCGUGGUGGACUGUUUGACACACUACUCAUAGCAAACUCAAGUCUGGUGCUAGGAAUGCCCUCAACAGGGUUACAGCCAAUUCCGAUGCAUUAAUGGUUAUAUGUGUAUCAUACCUUAGUUUGCAAACUCAGGUUUGUCCCCAGCUUACAUUUGCAAGAGUAUACUUAUAAAAAAUGUAGCAUUGAUAAAUGAUAUAGUAUAAUAGAAAAUCUAUUGAAAUGUUUAUUAACCGUAACUGCUGGGCUGCUGCUAGCCUUUGGAAUGUCUCUUCUUCCUUGCUAACUGUAAUAAUAAUAAUAAUAAUAAUAAUAAUAAUAAUAAUAAUAGAAGUAGUAGUAUUAUACACAACAGCACUAGGGUGGAUUAUUGGAGUGAGUGUUAAAUUAAAUAUUGGUAAAUGUCACAACAGCUUGGGACGCGGGUGGCCCUGUGGGUAAAACCUCAGCGCCUAGGACUUGCCAAUCGUACGGUCGGCGGUUCGAAUCCCUGCGGCGGGGUGCGCUCCCGUCGUUCGGUCCCAGCGCCUGCCAACCUAGCAGUUCGAAAGCACCUCCGGGUGCAAGUAGAUAAAUAGGGACCGCUUACCAGCGGGAAGGUAAACGGCGUUCUGUGUGCUGCGCUGGCUCGCCAGAUGCAGCUUGUCACGCUGGCCACGUGACCCGGAAGUGUCUGCGGACAGCGCUGGCUCCCAGCCUAUAGAGUGAGAUGAGUGCACAACCCUAGAGUCUGGCAAGACUGGCCCGUACGGGCAGGGAUACCUUUACCUUUACCUUUAAAUGUCACCACAAGCAUUUUGGCUCAACAAGAUAUUCCCUAGAGCAUCGAAUUCAGAUUACUGCAUUAAGCUUGCACUCACAGCUUUUAAGAUGAGUGUUCUUUCCUGCAGCACUAUUUAAGCCCACAGUUGUCACAACUAUUGUUAACAAGCCUCGUUUCUUUGUUGCCUGCAGAUACAGUAGCAGAAAGAAGCGCAUUACGAGAACACGUGUAUCCUAAACUACGAGAAUUCUGCAGGGAAAACUACGGACUUGAAUUUCAGGUAGCAUUUUCCUCAUUAAAUAUUUAAGUUGUGAUGCACAUGCAGGGAAUCUUUUAGAUUGAUGCUGUACGAUGGACCUUAAGGUAUCAUUCUACGCAGAAUUUGUUUAAAAAAAUAAAAGGGGGUGUGAUCAUUCCACACGCAGGUGUAGCUACACUUGUGGGAAGGAUCAGCUUGGGCUCAUUGUAACCCUCUCUUCUCUCCUUCUCCUCCCUGGCUGACUGUUUGCUACAGAUAUACAGUGGUACCUCGGGUUACAUACGCUUCAGGUUACAGACUCCGCUAACCCAGAAAUAUUACCUCGGGUUAAGAACUUUGCUUCAGGAUGAGAACAGAAAUCAUGCUGCGGUGGCGCGGCGGCAGCAGGAGGCCCCAUUGGCUAAAGUGAUGCUUCAGGUUAAGAACAGUUUCAGGUUAAGUACGAACCUCCAGAACAAAUUAGGUACCAUAUUUUUUGCUCUAUGAGACUCACUUUUUCCCUCCUAAAAAGUAAGGGGAAAUGUGUGUGCUUCUUAUGGAGCGAAUGCAGGCUGCGCAGCUAUCCCAGAAGCCAGAACAGCAAGAGGCAUUGCUGCUUUCGCUGCGCAGCGAUCCCUCUUGGUGUUCUGGCUUCUGAGAUUCAGAAUAUUUUUGUUGUUGUUUUCCUCCUCCAAAAUCUAGGUGCAUCUUACGGUCUGGUGCGUCUUAUAGAGCGAAAAAUACGGUACUUGACCUGAGGUGCCACUGUAAUUUGAGGAGGCCUUGCAGAAGAGAAGGGGACGAAUGGAUGAGCAUAUACAAUGGCAUGCACUGGAUUCCUGUUGCAAGUAAUGGCCAGCAUGCUAUGGUGCGUGAGUGUCUGAGAGCCAGACAGGUUUGCGUAACAAUGAAGGCUCCCAAAUCUAUCACUUGCUUUGACCCCAUGGGGAUGAUUUUUUAAAAAAAGUUUUUAUUAAGUUUCUUACAAAUAUAACACAUACUACAACAACAACAAAAUCACAAAUAUAAACAAAAGAGAAAAUAAGAAAAUAAAAAUAUAUAUUGACAAACACCCAAACAAUACAAAUUAACUGGCUAUCUAAACUUCUUACAUCAUUAACAUGGUUUUGACUUCCUCUGAGCUCUCCCAUCUGAAUUUCCUUGUAUUUAAAUGUAGCAGUUUUCUAAUAUCAUUAUUAAAACACAAUAUUCCAAUUAAAAUCAAAUUUCUUAACUUUUCUUGAAGUUCUAAAUCUCAGUUAUUUUACUAACUCUUACUUUCAUCCUAGGCCUAUUUAGUUCUUUCAAGUAAUUCCUAAUUUUUAAUGUUACAAUAUUUAUUCAAAUGCUCUUUAAAUCGUGGGGAUGAAUUUCAACUUGGACGUAUCAGUCGGACCUGAGUUUAUAAUGAUUGGACUGUGCCUAUUAUUAUUCAACAAGCAAAGUGGUUUUGGCAGGGAAACACACUUAACUGCUCCUGCAUACAUAGGUGUUGUUCGAAAGAUGAGUUCCUGUGUCAAAUCUAGGUGGGCACCAUAGUUUUUCUGCCAGCUUCUCCUUCACUCAGCGGAGAUCACAAACUCGUUUCCAACUCCCCUAGCACCCUUCAGAGAUUUCCCUUCAUACCAGAGCUCCCAUCAGCCAAGCCAGCUGGGACGAUCGCUGGGGCUGAUGAGACUUGUAGCCCCAAACAUCUGGAAAAGCACCAGGUUGGGGAAGUGAUUCAUGAGUUGGACACAACAGGGAUAUUGAAUUUUGACCAGAUGCAUUUGACUUUUAGGUUUUCUACAAUGGUUCACAGUUUAACAUGAUUGUUUAGUCGUGUCCGACUCUUCGUGACCCCAUGGACCAGAGCAUGCCAGGCACUCCUGUCUUCCACUGCCUCCUGCAGUUUGGUCAAACUCAUGCUGGUAGCUUGGAGAACACUGUCCAACCAUCUUGUCCUCUGUCGUCCUCUUCUCCUUGUGCCCUCAAUCUUUCCCAGCAUCAGGGUCUUUUCCAGGGAGUCUUCUCUUCUCAUGAGGUGGCCAAAAUAUUGGAGUCUCAGCUUCAGGAUUUGUCCUUCCAGUGAGCACUCAGGGCUGAUUUCCUUAAGAAUGAAGAGGUUUGAUCUUCUUGCAGUCCAUGGGACUCUCAAGAGUCUCCUCCAGCACCAUAAUUCAAAAGCAUCAAUUCUUCGGCGAUCAGCCUUCUUUAUGGUCCAGCUCUCACUUCCAUACAUCACUACUGGGAAAACCAUAGCUUUAACUAUACGGACCUUUGCUGGCAAGGUGAUGUCUCUGCUUUUUAAGAUGCUGUCUAGGUUUGCCAUCGCCUUUCUCCCAAGGAGCAGUCGUCUUUUAAUUUCGUGACUGCUGUCACCAUCUGCAGUGAUCAUGGAGCCCAAGAAAGUAAAAUCUCUCACUGCCUCCAUUUCUUCCCCUUCUAUUUGCCAGGAGGUGAUGGGACCAGUGGCCAUGAUCUUCGUUUUUUUGAUGUUGAGCUUAACAUGAUUACAAGAUAUCAAAAGAUAAUCUCUAAACAAUAAGCAACUAGGAACAAAAAUAAAUGCAUUUUAAAAAAUUGAAAUAACUGCACCAAUCAUGGCUAACACUAAUCCAAAUGAAAUGUGUAGAAAUCAUGGUUUAUAGAGAGUGGAUUAGUUGGGCUAGUUUUUGGGAUAUUCCCAUCGGCAGGGGAACCCACAAUUUUCUGAGUUCUCAUUUGUAAUAAGACACAUAUAUGAUGUACUCAAUGGAAGGGCAAUAUCUGUGGCCAUUAUCUGUGACCUCUGUACAUGCUCACUUCUCCCUGGGCCAUUUUUGUUUUGCUCCAUUAGGCGUGCUAUGUUUUGUUUUGUUUUCAAAGUACUCACUGACAUCGGAAGCAACAUUCCUGUGUGCCUUUGUACUCCUGCCAAACCUGGGGUUUAGCGUAACAACGCUGAUAUCUUCAUCUUGUUUCUUAGUGAGCCUGUUUUGGCUACAGUUCUGUCAACAUUCACCAGCAGGUUACAUUACUAGAGGGAGUAAUUCCAGUACCUAGAAAAAGUUAUUUUGAAACGAAUUUUUUACAAAAUCAGUUACCUUCUAAUCCUCAGGUAAAAAGGCUGAUUUUGGUAAUUUGUUACAUAUUGUAACUGUGUAAAUUAUAACCCAGUAAGGUAACAAAAGGCAUCAUACAAAUGCCUUGAAAAUAUAUACAAUAUAUCUUACCCUUUAUGGACCUUUCGUGCCUACAAUUUGCAGUAGUUCAUUGCAGUUCAUUUGCAGUAGUCCAUUGUCUCUACAAACUUGGUAUCUUAUCUUGUCAUCAGUUUGAAAACCCAGAACAUUCAGCUGAUUGGCCGUAAGGGGUAAAUGAUUUUGAUUCAGAUGCUUCUCAUCUCCUGUUGGUUUUUCCUACAACAUUAACGUCGCAGGGCUGUGACACAGAAGCAUCAGCUUUGCAUAAUUUUUAACGAACGAGGAACACGCACACAAAAUGGGACUCGGUUCUUAUGUUGUACAACAGAAUGUGUGCAUACCUAAUCAGGCAUCCAAGUAUUGCUGUUCAGUGGCCAAAAAUACUGAAUUGCAAUGAUGUGAUUAUGCUUGGCACAUGGAAACCAGAACUGGGACAGUAGUAUGCCAACUUAUGCUGAAGGGCAGGCUUUUCGUUUGCAAGUUCCUCUCUUUUUAAAGGUCAACGAAUUGCCUUUCAGUUGCACGUUGUGUGAAUACUGAUGUUAAGUAGUUGCUGGUUUGGGGAUGAUUUUUGUUGCUGUUGUUGUUACUUUACACUCUCCCGUCUAACUAGAUAUGUAAAGGAUUAGUGCAGUUACGUGUGUUGGAUGCUAUAUUUUGUGGCAUUUAUACAUGGCAACUAUUUUUUCAGCUUCUUGUUGUUGUUUAGUCGUUUAGUCGUGUCCGACUCUUCGUGACCCCAUGGACCAGAGCACGCCAGGCACUCCUGUCUUCCACUGCCUCCCGCAGUUUGGUCAGACUCAUGCUGGUAGCUUCAAGAACACUGUCCAACCAUCUCAUCCUCUGUCGUCCCCUUCUCCUUGUGCCCUCCAUCUUUCCCAACAUCAGGGUCUUUUCCAGGAGUCUUCUCUUCUCAUGAGGUGGCCAAAGUAUUGGAGCCUCAGCUUCACGAUCUGUCCUUCCAGUGAGCACUCAGGGCUGAUUUCCUUAAAAAUGGAUAGGUUUGAUCUUCUUGCAGUCCAUGGGACUCUCAAGAGUCUCCUCUUAGACAUGGUUAUAUUAUUGGAUUCAGAAACAUUAGCAAAUUUGAAUAUUAAGAGGAAAUCCCAUCACCCAUUACCGGAAGAAGUUCCCAAUAUAUCGACAGUAAAAAUCCAGAGGUUUGCUGCCUUCAAGGGCAAAAGGGAAAAAUCUGCACUUUUGACUUACACAUUUAGUACCUGUUUUCAGUGCCAGAUGCCGGUGGCAAGCAACAGAGCUUAGCUUUUAUCACUGUGCCCUGUUUGGGAACUCCCAGAGGAAUCUGGCUGGCUAUUAAUGGAAAACCAGAAUACAUGGCCCCUCAGUCUGAUCCAGGAAAAGAAUUGUUGUGUUUUUAAUAUUGGUACCUUCAGUGGCUUCCAUACCAUGAGGUUUUAUUUCCACAAGCCUUGACUAGAUCCCUUAUUUGGGGGAUUAGCCUGCAAACUAUGUUCAAUAGAAAGGAAAUCCUAAAUAAAUCCUAGCAUUAUUUCAAUAGGUCCUACGCUACAUUAAGAUACUGGUAAUAGAGUUCCUUAUCAGACAUGCCAUUUAGAAAAAAAAGGUUAGUCCCCCAACCUCUCACAAUUCUCUGCUUUCCUUCUUUAAAUUACACAUCCUUGAGAUAAUUAAAAGAGCUGUUUAAUUCAAACCUUUCUGAAUCCAAGAGUUAGCACAUUGGCAGAAGCUUGUGGUGCGCAAUAGAUGUUGAAGAAUACAAUAGUAGGCCAUAUUCAUCAGAAAAAAAUAAAUAGCAGUAGUGGGGAUGUAAAUAUAAACAAGAAAGAUGUUCAAGUGCCUGUGCUGUUAAGAAGACCAUGAUCUUUAGCAAAACUGUUCUGCAGUCCUUAUGUUAUCCAGCCGGAACACAAACAUACCCAAUACAGAACUAUCAUUCUGGUGAUAGUAUGCACAUCUUUGCAACUAAUUCAAGGAGCAAUCUGUGCACACUUAGUAGGAUGCAAGCUCCACUGCAUUCCAUGGCAUGUCUUCCAAAUAAACUUUCAUAGGAUUACCCCUGUUGGUAACUAAAACUUAUUUAACUACAGUUAAAGGUAAAGGGACCCCUGACCAUUUGGUCCAGUCGUGGCCGACUCUGGGGUUGCGGCGCUCAUCUCGCUUUAUUGGCCGAGGGAGCCGGCGUACAGCUUCCGGGUCAUGUGGCCAGCAUGACUAAGCCGCUUCUGGCGAAGCAGAGCAGCGCAUGGAAACGCCGUUUACCUUCCCGCCAGAGCGAUACCUAUUUAUCUACUUGCACUUUGAUGUGCUUUCGAACUGCUAGGUUGGCAGGAGCAGGGACCGAGCAACGGGAGCUCACCCCAUCACGGGGAUUUGAACCGCUGACCUUCUGAUCAGCAAGUCCUAGGCUCUGUGGUUUAACCCACAGCGCCACCCGAACAACAACACAAACACAUACCCCAUUGCCAGCACAUACCCCUGCAAGAUGAUGUCACAGUGCCCACUCCCAUCAGCUCUAUUAGCAAUAACCCUCUUGCUGCCAGUCCAAAGGCAUCCUUCAAUACUCCAUGUAUCCAUUGUUUGGGACAUCACAGCACCCACAAAGGUCCCAGAGCAGGCAUUCUGGAGACCCACCUGGGCAAAAGUUAAGGUUCCUUCCUUGGAUCCCAAUAUGUUGUUGGAAUACAACCACCCAGCAUUGAUACCCAAAGUUGACAAGGCUGCUAUAGCUCCUCAGCCAGUAUAAGAUUAUGCCCUGGGACUCUAUCACAACCCCUUCUCUUAAUACUCCUGAGUUACUCAGUUCGGCCUCUCAUUGUCUUGGUUUGUGUAUAUGAAUUAAGCAACUGCAGGGAAAGCUAUGAGAGAACCUCCACUUUCUCUCCACACUGAGAAAUACCUUUUGGCCGCACUGUGUGGUACCAGAGAAAGCUAAGGUGUAUGGGGGGGAAAGGAAGCUUAUUUCUGAUAAGGUAUCUGUUAGGGGCAGGGCUGAGGCCAUGGGGCAGAAUUGGCUUAUCCCUAAAUAGUGGCCUACAGGCUCUUCAGCAGAUUAUUCCAAAUUUAAAAGGAGCUUCCCAUGUAAAUUCCACGUUGUCAAAGAUGACUUUGCUCCCUUCAUUGUGCCACCCCACAGAGUUUUCCUGGGUAGUGUGGGGCGUUUUACAGUCUGGCCCAGGGUAGUUAGCAGAACCGACAGUAGUUUUGCUGUUUGGCAAAGCAUUUUGAGGAUAAAUUUGCUUGCAUCCACUGGGACCUUGACUGCACUAUUACAGCAGAUGAGUUUUGAGAGGUGUGUGUGCAGAGCACUGUCUAGUCCUGUUGUGCUGGAUGAGUUUCAUUUAGUAAGGCUUGAGGAUGUGGACAAGGUGGGACCACUUGUGCUCUGGACCCUUGACACUCUUGGCUGAUAAAAACCAGCAGAGAGGCGACUGUUGGCAAUUCCUUUCUGGGCUCAGUUCAGAAGUUCUGGUUAUGACCUACCCGUAUUUUUCGCUCCAUAAGACGCACCUGACCAUUAGACGCACCUAGUUUUUAGAAGGGGAAUGCCAGAAAAAAAAUAUUUUUAAAGGGAGCACUGAGCAAAACCUGUAGGCAUCCCAGGCUCUGCUCAGCACUCCCUUUCAUGAGCCACGUGGAGUGUGUGUAUGGCGCUUGCAGGCUUUUUCCCAGGAGGGAGAAGGGCAGCCCUUCUCCCUCCUCAGGGGGAAAAGCCCCCAAGAGCCGCACACAGGCUCCACGCGGCUCGUGAAAGGGAGUGUGGCUCUUGGGGGCUUUCCGGGAGGUGGGGGAAGGGCUUGAGGGGCUGCCCUCUGUCCCUUCCCCCACCUCCCGCAAAAGCCCACAGGAGCCGCGCACCCUUUAAAGAGCUCCUGCGGGCUUUUCUACGAGGAGGGAGAAGGGACUGACGUGGCCAGUCAGUCCCUUCUCCCUCUUGGGGAAAAGCCCGCAUUCCGCUUGCAUUCACUCCAUAAGACACACACACAUUUCCCUUUACUUUUUAGGAGGGGAAAAGUGCGUCUUAUGGAGCGAAAAAUACGGUAUAAAGCUGUCAGUGGCACAGGGCCACAAUGCCUCAAGGACCAUCUCUCUGCAUAUGAGAUGACCCAAACCUUGCGAUCAUCAUCUCAGGCCCUUCUUUGUGUGCCGCCUCCAUGAGAGGUCUGGAAGAUGGCAACAUGAGAAUGGACCCUUAUCUAAAGUGCCUCCCUGUUUGCUUUCCCCAGAGAAGUUUGCCUAGCAUCUUCAUUACAUAUAUUUAGGUGCCAGGCAAAAAUAUCCUUCAUCUCCCAGGCCUCUUUGUCUAAUUAAACAAUUGGGCCCUUUGAAACUGCAGGAGGUAUUGUUUCUGUUUAUUACUCUAUUAUGUAAUUUUGCAUUUUUAUAUUGUAAACACUGUCCUCAGAUGAAGGGCAGUAUAGAAAUUGAAUAAACGGUAAUGGUGAUGAUGAUUGUGAAUUCAUCUCAUAAUGUAGUUUUUCAAGGCUUUGAAGGAUGCAGUCCUGUACAGUGGUACCUCAGGUUAAGUACUUAAUUAUUUCUGGAGGUCCGUUCUUAACCUGAAACUGUUCUUAACCUGAAGCACCACUUUAGCUAAUGGGGCUUCCUGCUGCUGCCACGCCGCCGGAGCCCAAUUUCUGUUCUCAUCCUGAAGCAAAGUUAUUAACCUGAAGCACUUCGGGACUUAACUUCUGAGUAAGCAUGCAUAGGACUGUACUGUUGUAGAGUUGUACAAAUGACAGAGUGGAGUUUCAUUCCAGGCAUCUGGAGCAUAUAGCAGACCGAAAAGUUUGUAGAGUUGCAGCUUUUCUCCUGUUAUGAAUCAUUUCAUAGCACAUUGUUGGCACCAGACAAACGAUGAGCUGAUAAUAGCAGCUGCAACACCCCCUCUCAGAGCACUCCACAUGCAGUCUCCUUCUCUCCUGUUCCCACACCUUCCCUUGUUCCUCCUGUUGCACAUUCCUAGCCCCCACACCCUGCAUAUAUCCCCCAUACUUCAUCAUGGGGAAAGGUUUUGGGGUUUUCAACUGAUCUCCACAUUGGGGCCCUAAUGUGUAAAUUGGAUGUCAGAAUUUGCAGGCACAGGGGAAACGGUGCAAUUCAGCAGCAGCAAAUACAGUGGUACCUCUGGUUACGUACUUAAUUCAUUCCGGAGGUCCGUUCUUAACCUGAAACUGUUCUUAACCUGAAGCACCACUUUAGCUAAUGGGGCCUCCUGUUGCUGCCGCACCGCCGCGUGAUUUCUGUUCUCAUCCUGAAGCAAAGUUCUUAACCCAAGGUACUAUUUCUGGGUUAGCAGAGUCUGUAACCUGAAGCGUAUGUAACCUGAGGUACCACUGUAUAGGCAAAACAUACUGCCCGAAAUUAUUUUGCCAGUCUUUGCUCCUUUAAACACGGCAGUGUCCCUCUUUUCCAUCUGAGCUAAAUUAUGAAGUGAAGUGAUGCCACACUGUCUCACUUAAUCUCUUUAAAUAAAUAUAACAGCUUCCCCCCGCACAAACACACACGUACACUAACUUGCAUCUUAUUAACAUUAUUCAAAUUAGAUCUUUAGGCAAAAUCGAAAGUCUAAACAGCAAGCCAUCUGUCAUUCUAUAUUCACUGGGACUAUUGCUUCCAAAACAACAAAAUAUUAAGGGGGGGCGGGGAAGGGCAUUAUGGGGGUCUGAGUUGUAGUGGUUUGUCUUUUGUGGAAAGUAUAGUGGAGGUUUCAAACCUGACUUCUUUUUAUUUUCCUUUGCUUCAUUCUUCCUUUUUAACUUUUGAGCCACCUGCCGAAAGUGAGAAAGGCUGUUUCUCUCUUCUCAAACUGCUGGCCUUAAAUGUAGAGACAGAUGUGAGGCUGAUCUUUCCCCAGAGUGAUGGGAUCCACGCUCAAACCUGCCCCCAAAUUCUGGACUUCGACUUCAGACCUAACCAACACUAGCUCUGUGGUUCCACCCAAUGAACCCACACCAAAAUCAGGCCCCAGAAAACACCAAACAUUUUAAAAAUAUAUAUUUCAAGACCUGAAUGGCAUAUGCAAAAUGUCAUACCAAAGAACUUUUUCUCUCAUGGGCACUUGGGAUACUGAGAAACUUUUUCUUUUCUUCUUUUUUUUUAAUUAAAAAGAUUCUAGCCCUCAUUGUUAUAAAUGGUUGCUGGUGGCAAUCAAGGCUCUGUACAGUGGUACCUCGGGUUAAGUACUUAAUUCGUUCUGGAGGUCCGUACUUAACCUGAAACUGUUCUUAACCUGAAGCACCGCUUUAGCUAAUGGGGCCUCCCACUGCUGCCCGCCGCCAGAGCACGAUUUCUGUUCUCAUCCUGAAGCAAAGUUCUUAACCCGAGGUACUAUUUCUGGGUUAGCAGAGUCUGUAACCUGAAGCGUAUGUAACCUGAAGCGUAUGUAACCUGAGGUACCACUGUACAGGUAAAUAGUUUCAGUCUCUAGGAUUCUGGGAGGGGCCCCCCAAAGUGUUCUUGUUCUGUGCCGCUGGGGGCAUAGCUGUCAACGUUUCCCUUUUUUUAAGUGAAAUUCCCUUAUUCCGAAUAGGAUUCCUCGCAAGAAAAGGGAAAAGUUGACAGCUAUGGCUGGGAGUCCCCUACCACCCAAGAUUAAAAGAGGGAUCAAGCUCAAACAAGUAAACAAAGACAACCCCAAAUCUCUGAUUGCUUCAUUGUUACAUGUUGGAAUGUUAAAUUGUGAAGCAUAUUAACAACCACAUUGUUUGUUGGAUUUCCAGGUCAUUGACCUAUACUGGGGAGUGGAACCAGAAGAAUGGGACAGACCAGAGUUGCAGAAAACUCGUAUGAGGCUCCUAGAAGAUUGCUUGAAAACAUCUGCAGGUCCAUGUUUUGUUGUGGGUAUAAAAAUAAUGCUUUAUCUAAUUAACCUAGAAGCCGUAGUGUGGUUAUAGAUGCUUUCCUAAGGACAUACCUUUAACAAACAACCUAAUAGUUCACUUUAUUUUCACCUCACUCUGCAGGCACUACAGAGUGCCUAUAUAUCAGCAACUCUUCCAAUAACCUCAUGAUGUUACUGACACCCCUGUGAAAAUUAGUUAUGUAAAUUAUGGUGCACAGGAGCUGACCUCAGUCUUUGCUGCUUCAUUGGAGGGAGUAUAUAUUUUACGUAACGUUUGCAGAUCUGUUUUUAGAGCAACUGUUUCAGGUUUUGGAUGUUUUGGAUGGGGCUGAAACAGGGGUAGCCAGUCCUACAGAUCUUGGCUGGACUUCAGCUUCCAUCAGCCCCAGCCAAGAUGGCCAGUAGUGAGGAAUGAUGGGAGUUGCAGUCUAGCAGCCUCUGGAAGACACCACACCAGCCGCCACCACAAUAAAACUAUUGCAGUAACCCACAGACAGAUGCAGCAGAAUAGCAAAUUUUCAGCAGCAGAAGUCUUGCUGUAACAAAUUUGAUACUUGGCCUUGCUGGCUGGAGCUGACAGUACAGUGGUGCCUCGCAAGGCGAAAUUAAUCCGUUCCGCGAGUCUCUUCGUCUUGGGGUUUUUCCGUCUUGCGCAGCACGGCUAUUAGCGGCUUAGCGGCUAUUAACGGCUUAGUGGCUUUAAGAAAAAGGAAACAAACUCGCAAGAACUCGCAAGACGUUUCGUCUUGCGAAGCAAGCCCAUAGGGAAAUUCGUCUUGCGGAACGACUCAAAAAACGGAAAACUCUUUCGUCUAGCGAGUUUUUCGUCUUGCGAGGCAUUCGUCUUGCGGGGCACCACUGUAGUUGGAUUCCAACUGCCACAUGUUUCUCAUCCCUGCUCUGUAUCAUCUGUAAUCGCCACCAGCUGUAUCUUCUUGUUCUCCUCCAGGGUUGCCAUUGCACUGAUGCCUGCUCUGAGCCCAGGAACCCUCUGGGUAGAAGCAUGACCUUUCUUUGCAGCAUUUUGCUCCACUCGAGCUAGAAUCAUCAUCUCUUGCUUUGCCUCAGGCCUGUAUUUGUGGGCCAGUUUCAGAAGCCAAGUAGCUUGUGGGAGCUAUUUAACUGCCAGGGGCACCUUCAGACUUUUGCAGAGGAUGGCUCCCUGGUCAGACCUAACAAGAUCGUUUCCCAAAGUGGGUCAGAUCCCAUUUGGGCUGGUUAUCUUGCCUAAUAAUAAUAAUAAUAAUAAUUUACUUAUAUCCCUCCCUCCCCAGCCGAAGCUGGGCUCAGAGCAGCUAACAACAGUAAAAUAAUACAUGAUUCUAAAAUCAAUUCAUUAUAAAAUCAGUUCAAAUCAAAUGACUGGCAACUAUUGGGCUAGAGUUCUGUGAGGAUUGCCAAAGGAGGGGGUCAGGCUGUGCCUUGGCCAAAGGCCUGGUGGAACAGCUCUGUUUUGCAGGCCCUGCAGAAAGAUGUCAAGUCCCGCAGGGCCCUAGUCUCUUGUGGCAGAGCGUUCCACCAGAUCGGAGCCACAGCCGAAAAAGCCCUGGCUGUGGUUGAGGCCAGCCUAACUUUCCUGUGGCCUGGGACCUCCAAGAUGUUAACGUUUAAAGACUGUAAGGUCCUCCGUGGGACAUACCAGGAGAGACGGUCCCGUAGGUACAAGGGUCCUAGGCUAUAUAGGGCUUUAAAGGUUAAAACCAGCACCUUAAACCUGAUCCUGUACUCCACCGGGAGCCAGUGCAGCUGGUAUAGCACCGGGUGAAUGUGAUCCCGCGGCGAGGACCCCGUAAGGAGUCUCGCCGCGGCAUUCUGCACCCGCUGGAGUUUCUGGGUCAGUCUCAAGGGCAGCCCCACGUAGAGUGAGUUACAGUAAUCAAGUCUGGAGGUGACCGUCGUGUGGAUCACAGUGGCUAGGUCAGGGCGAGAGAAGUAAGGAGCCAACUGCUUAGCUUGGCGGAGGUGAAAAAAUGCCGCCUUUGUUAUAGCUGCAAUCUGCGCCUCCAUGGAAAGGGAGGUGUUGAAGAUUACACCCAAACUCUUAACAGACGGUGCUGGCACUAAUUGCGCACCCGCAAGAGAUGGGAGUUGAUGCCAAAGAUCUUGGGCCUUUUUUCAAAGAGUGUGUUGACGGCCCUCAUAGUCUCCUGCUUCUUGACCACAGCAGGAGCUGGGGCCACCUUCUUUGCCUUGGCCUGUUUUCUCCCUAUGGCAGCUUGAUGAGGGAGGAAAUCUGGCAGGUGAACAUACUACAGGUGAACCUAAUGGGAGUGUCAGGAAAUAAGCAGAAGGUGUGAAAAAAUUACCAUAGUGAUUGUGCUCGUGGCAGCAAAUUUUUACCAGAAACACUGUAUGUAUCAAGAAGGAGAUCAAGGGGAAAGGGGGUUGGGAAAAUAGGUGCUGUGAGAAAUGAGGCGAGGAGAGAGAGAAAGAAAUGAUCAGAUAAGCAAAGAGAGAAGGGGGAAGAGAGAGAGAGAGGCAGGCAAGAAGUUGGUGGAGGGAGAGAGAGAAAUAUACAAAUAAGCAAUAAAUCAAAAUGGAUAAACUAAAUAUUCUAGUAAUUGUCACCCAUGGUUUGCUCACAUGUAUGCAAUAGCUGAAAAUUUGCUGUUUCAUAUGCUGUAGGCCUGUGGCUUUUAGAGAUAUAUGCUUUUAAUAUUAGAGGGACAAAUAGACACCUGUUUUUUGUGGGGGGCUCAGGAACCAUCUUUGCUUUUUAUUGUUUGAAGAUGACCAUCAAUAGGAGUAUAUUAAAACUGCCAAAUAUAGCAUAGGCUUCUUAGCCAGUGAGUUAUCUUAAACAAGACAACUUCACUAAGAUUUUUGUGUGGCCAUAAAGAGUUUCACCACAAUUUCAGAUCUGAAGGGGAAAUGUAGAAAUUGCCUUUGUCACUUGUUGGCGGUUUUUGUGUUAUGCAGACUUAUGUUUGCUUUUAAUUGCUGGUUAUGCUAAUGCGUUCAAAGAAGUUGAGCUGUAGCUCAUUUCUAACAAUUUUCCAAUCACAACUUAGAAUUUUAAUGCUCAGAGUGCAGAGAUUAGCAGAGUGGUUGUUAAAAGAACAAUUCCAUUCAUAGAUUAUCCCAUCUCAAGAUGUAUUUGUAACAGGCUCAGUUUUGUGGAGCUACUUUCAUAUUUUUUCCUUGUUGGAUCUGUUAAUGGACAUUCUGGAUUACAAAGUUAUAAGCAACAGAUUCGUUUCAUUAAAAAAAACUGGAGAAAUUGGAGGAAGAAUUGUAGGACGGGACACUGAUAACCACUUAAUAUAGCUUUGUGUGAGUUUUAUUUUCUUUAAGGCUCUGUGCCGAAGAAUAGCAGGGAAUAAUAGGAAAGUAAUAGAAGAUAUUUCCCUAUUCAUGUUUGUUGUGUCUUCUCUAUUCAUAGCAGCAAAUUCAGCAAAGCAAUUGGGUGGCAGGGGGUGGGUAAACAGCAACUUUCCUGCAGAUAUGUGUGCAACUAACCCAGAGAUUCCCUGACCUCAUGCCAUCCCAAUGAGUGCAACACCAAUUCAGUGGAAUGACUUUUUCUUUCACAACACAUUCAACAAUCGUGAGCUGCUUGUAUAGCUCACCUCCAUCUUUGAAACAUAUUGUGAUUGGCAUGGCCGAUGAUUGAUUGUUAGAUGCCCAUACCAUCUUCUGCAGUUAAGCAGCCACCUUGGCGCUUUGGACCGGCAACGUUGGCGAGAAAAUUGCGGUGCCGUUUCUGUUUGAUCCAUUUGUUUCUUUACUGCCUAUAAUUUUAACUUUGCUGGUAGGCAUUUCUUUCCUCAGUGAGGCUGCCGUAAAGGUAAAGGACCCCUGACCGUUAGGUCCUGUUGCGGACAACUCUGGGGUUGCGGCGCUCAUCUCGCUUUACUGGCCGAGGGAGCCGGCGUACAGCUUCCGGGUCAUGUGGCCAGCAUGACUAAGCCGCUUCUGGCGAACCAGAGCAGCGCACGGAAACACCGUUUACCUUCCCGCUGGAGUGAUACCUAUUUAUCUACUUGCAUUUCGUGCUUUUGUACUCCUAGGUUGGCAGGAGCAGGGACUGAGCAACGGGAGCUCACCCCGUCGCGGGGAUUCGAACCACCGACCUUCUGAUCGGCAAGCCCUAGGGUCUGUGGUUUAGACCACAGCGCCACCCGCAUCCCAAAGGCUACCAUAGCUCUGCUCAAAUGGAGUAGUCAUUUCCUACAAGCUUUCGGUCACACUGCUGUUGAGAGGCCAAUCUCUUUAUGAGCCAGGUUUUUGUACAGCGGCACGUGCUCUUCCAGCAUUGCAAUUUCAGUUUGUGCAGAAGUUGUCGUUCUCUCCCACACAGAGACACCAGUAUGUCACAAGGACACACUGAUGCUUCCGUUCUUCUUUGUAGCAGAAAGGUCGAUGCCUAGCCAUCCCUCACUUUGAUCAAAUGUCAUUUCAAAAGAUGAAGGCAAAAUAUUAUUAUUUUCAGGCCACAUGUGCCUGAAUUUUCAGAGAAACAAAACAUGAUUAAACAGAGAAACACAGAGCACUAUUUUCUCAUCUUUUGGUCUGACAGCCAAGAGGCAAAAAAGUAUUGCUUAAGGGUCAUGAUGUCCUGCUAUUCAAAGCCUCUCUUUAGCAUUGGCUUGGAUACUAACAGUGAGCCCUAAAGAAAAGGGAACGGAACUGAGAGCUGUUGAUCCCUUCAACCCCUCGAUUGCCAGGAUUGCUUGUGCUGGUUUGGGCAGGAGGCAGAGUCAGUGCAGCUGUUUUCCGAAUCAUGUCCAUUGUUUGCUCCGGACUAUGACAAAGCAGAAAUAUACAUUGGUGUGUUUUGUUUUUUAGGGAGGGGAAGUGAAAAAUUAAAAGUCAAAAAUUGAAUUUCUGUAAAACCACUACUAUUAUUUAUAAACUGCUAAAUGAUGCUCUGAAUUCUAAACAAUUGAAAUGAAAAUAAAUCCCUGCUAGCUGGUUGCAGUGGAACAGACAAGAAACAAAAGGGAUAGAAAAGGGAAGAGUGGGGAAUCUGCAUUGUGUUUUCAACAGACUCUAGAUACAUGUAAAAUUUGGUCACUGUGCGUAAUGUUCUCCAAGUUCAGUUUGUUAAAAUCCAAAACUUUUCUUCUUCUUCUAAACAAAUCUUUGGCAGUAUUUGAAACAUCUGCUUUUGCUACACGUGGUUUCAAAGUAGCUAAGAAAAUAGAUUUUAUUUCCUCAAGUUUUUCAAUGGCUAGAGAAUGUACUUUUCUUUUUAACAUGUUGAUUCUAUGUGUUAUUUGCAUAUUCCACCCUGCUUUUGUAAAUCACUCUGGAAGCUGCACAAAGGUGGCAUAUAAAGCUUAUAUUAUAAACCUUCUGUAAGAAAAACCACUUCAGUAGUUCAGUGGGAACAUUUUUACAUAAUCUUUACGUUUUUAAAGUUAGUGUGGUAGUGGAUGGAAUGUUCAAAUCCCUACUCCACCAUGAAACUUAGUAGCUGAAUUUGGACUGGUGACGUUCUCUCACAAUAACCCACCUCAUAAGUUGUGUUGGAAUUUCUUGAAGGAAUGGUGAGAUAAAAAUAUAAUAAAUUGGUUUAAAAAGAAAGAAACUCAUUUCCUUUUCACCUCAAUAACUCAGUUGCUGAGAUAAAUAAGAAUUUGUAAUUAUUUGCAUAACAGCUUUUUAGACAUUCCUACUGUCUUUGAAUAUGAUUUUUUUUAAUUUCUAAACAUCAACUAGUUCUAAUAGAAUGCCAUCUAGUGGCUCAAUAUGAUAUGCUAUUUCCAUGUGUGACUGUUGAACAAUUUUUAAUUUGUUUGAGGGCUAAUCUCCUCAUUAUAUUAAAUAUUGGAAAUGUAUACUCGAUUCUGACCCAACUAAGCCUCCUGAUGCAUAUUUUGCUCUAUACACUUCCAGAGUUAACACUGAAUGCAUUACUUCUGGUAAAUGAGCCACCAUAGCUGCUAGGGGGCCGUGAAAAUUUGUGUCCCAGGCUCUUUAGACUCUACCUAUGUACUAUCUGAAACCAAAGGGUUGUCAGAUUUGAAAUAUCUGGCUCUUCUUACCCCGCUAUUCUUACCACUCAAUCCUGAAUGUUUACGCAGAAGUAAGUGCCACUGACUUGGUGGCAGUCACUCAAUAGCAAGAAAUUCUACGUGGGAUUGUUUCCAUUAUUUUUAUAAAUUACUUUUCCGUGCAUGACUGGAAGAUUUGAACCUUAUUCUGCUCUGGUUUCACUUCGCUGUCAGGAACAUUUGUGGCAGGUUUUAUUUUGGGAGCUAAGUUGUUUGUAGUCCCACUUUCCCCUUUGAUUACGCUCGUUAAUAAUCAACUGUACAGGAAUCAAGUCAAGAGGGGCUACUAUUAUCUGCGUAUAAAUUAGGAAGAUAAUCUACCUCAAAGUCUGUAGAGUAUGUGUGGUGCUUUUCAUCAACAUCAUGACUCACCCGGGAUAUUAAAGCACCUCAGGAUGAAAAGCCUUCUUGGGGCUCAUCCAGAUUACCUAUUUAUUGAGCAUUCCUUUGGAAUUGUUUGUGGGGAAGUUACAUUGCAAAGAGCAUUCAUCCUGAUUUACUGUAUUUUUUGCUCUAUAAGACUCACUUUUUCCCUCCUAAAAAGUAUGGGGAAAUGUGUGUGCGUCUUAUGGAGCGAAUGCAGGCUGCGCAGCUAUCCCAGAAGCCAGAACAGCAAGAGGGAUUGCUGCUUUCACUGUGCAGCGAUCCCUCUUGCUGUUCUGGCUUCUGAGAUUCAGAGUAUUUUUUUUCUUGUUUUGCUCCUCCAAAAACUAGGUGCGUCUUGUGGUCUGGUGCGUCUUAUAGAGCGAAAAAUACGGUACUUGUGGAGUAUCUGUGUGUUUCCCUGUCACUUUCCUAACCACAAAAAGUUGAUUAUUAUUAUUAUUUAAGUGUAUUUGUUGUUCUGUGGCAACAGAGCACCUUAAUCCAUCUUAAUUCACAAAUAUCCUGGUUAUACCCUUGAAUCCCUUCCCCAAAAUACUGACAAUCUGGAAGCGCCUUCAGAUUCCACUUCUAUUGUCAUUUCAAGCUCCCCAGUAAUUUAGCUUUAAUUGCUUUGAACAAUGGUCUUCAGCUUAAAAUCUUAGCACUUUAAAUUAUUUCAGUUUGACUUUUCCAGAAGACAAAGAGGCACUUUUCAGAAAUCCUUAGGAAUUCAACUUUUAUGUAUUCACUGUGUUGUUUAAUAGUGCCUUUUAAAAUGUAAGUAGGUAGGUAAGUAGAUUUAGUAGUUAUUAGCUUUGGCUGUUUAAGUCAGAAGUACCUGUUUCCCAUUACUUGCCAUUUUCCCAACUAACCAAAAGUCUGUGAUUUUAAGCGGCAGACAGAAAUUCAAAUGGUGCCAGGUUGCAGGGGGUAGAUAAAAAUACACUGGCCUGGUUUAAAGCAAGCUAUGGGGUUUAUAUGAACAUGCAGUGUGCUAACUCAAGGUGCUUAAAAGUUCCCACAGCACCCACAUCCUCUGCUACCAAAACAAACCAGUGGCUGGCUUCCAUGCCAUUUGAACUCAGGCGCAUGGCUUGCUUCCUCCAAACAUACCUGUCCAUUGUUAGGAUAUUUCCGUUCCACCUUAAAAGGGAGCAGGCUUUGUGAGUCAGAUUCUGCGUAUUUCCUGUUUCACAGGAUGUUUCUGUUGUGUCUUUUGUUUUCGCUCUCUGUGUCUGGAGACACUGAAGCAGGCAGUCAUGUUUUUUUUGUUCUGAUCAACGCUGAAUAAAACUUGUAAAUAAUGCUCUCCUGAGUGCGACUUUUGCUGUGCAUUAUCUGCUGAUAAAGUGUGCAUGAGCUCUGGAAUGUGGCAAGCUAUUUCUGGAAACUCGUGUCGCUAAUUGCUGAUACUGUAUCUACGGGAGAUCGAUGGAUCGUCCGGCAGCCGGCUUGGGGGCCAUGAUGGACUUUGUCUCCCUGGCAGUAUCCCAACAUCCAUUGCUCGUGUGGUUGCUCGAGAGUAACCAGGCAGGACUCUGACCUGUCUUUUACUUGCUUUAUUUCGGUGCAAACUAUUUACAGUGAAGAGCGUCAAAAGUUCAUGUCUGGCUCAAUCGCUAGCAGAAUCCGGGAGUGGUCUGUUCUUGAACCUCCCCCAACAUAAAAGUUUCAUCACCCCCAGCCUUUGCCGCCCCUCCUUGCGCCUCAAACUACUGCGCAUGACGGGCAAUGGCAGGGGUGUGCUUCCCGCCUCUCUGGCUUGCUCAGUCGCGGUGUUAAGGCUCUUUCUAGCAUCCUCUGGUUCCUGCCUCUCUUCUCCACUGGAGGUGGGGCUUUCCUCCUCGCUGAAAGAGGAACUGGUUCGCAAGAUUUCCAGAGGCUCCCUGUAACACAGCUCCCCCUCUGUCUCUCGCCUCUGAGCCGAUGGCAGUUCCCUGACAAUACCACAAAUGGUAAGCAAGGUUUGUUCGUAGCUUACCACCUGUGGUUUGGAGAAAACAAAGCAUGAUCCCAGGUUUGGACAGCAUGACAAUCAUCUUCUAUCUUGUUUCAUCUGUGAUGUAGCAGAACAGGAAGAGGAGCACUGUGGGAGCUUUAGAGAAGUGUGGGAACUUCAGAGCAGCAUGUAUCACCACACAGCUUGUUCGUAUUAAACCAUGUUUUGUUUUAAAUUAUGAUCUAGUGUGAUGUGACCUAGUAUUGAAGGUGCUCGAGAGAAUCAUCAGUUACCUACCUUCGUUAUGUAGAAAAAUAAUCUUGUAAAGCUUCCCUUCUUGGUCUCUUCUUCCCACACACAAGCAGCCCAAUUGCUAUUUGCAACACUGCAUUAAACGAUAGCAACAGUCUGUUAUUAAAUUUUAUUGAUACAUUUUUACUGCAGGGAGGGAGGAGGACCAACAACCAAGGAGAAGCAAAGAAGAAGCACACUCACGUUGAGCCAUGGUUUGUUCAUGUUGAGCCAUGGUUUGGUUUAGCGUAAUGUGCAAACCAGGUCUGUAUCUGUCAGUUUGCAUGAACAUGACGCAGAGUUCCCCCAAAAUAGACCAGAGGCAAUUGUACUUCAUCCAGCAGAGCUUUACUUGCUACUGAAGGCAAAUGAGCAGAAUGAUCACACAUCCAAUACAUUCAGGAUUGGCACAAUCCAUAAAAAUCCAGUGGCAGCACUUACAAUGAAACUUAGAAUACAGUGGUACCUCAGGUUAAGUACUUAAUUCGUUCUGGAGGUCCGUACUUAACCUGAAACUGUUCUUAACCUGAAGCACCACUUCAGCUAAUGGGGCCUCCUGCUGCUGCCGCGCCGCUGGAGCACAAUUUCUGUUCUCAUCCUGAAGCAAAGUUCUUAACCUGAAGCACUGUUUCUGGGUUAGCGGAGUAUGUAACCUGAAGCGUAUGUAACCCGAGGUACCACUGUACAGUUGACGCUGCGGGUUGCGAAUGUGAUCCAUGCGAGAUGCACAUUCGCAACCCGCAGCGGUGCGUCUGCGCACGCACAGGUUGCGAUUCGGUGCUUUGUGCAUGCGCAAAGUGAAAUUUAGCACUUCUGCGCAUGCAUGACCCCCGAAACCCGGAAGUAACCUGUUCUGGUACUUCCAGGUUUCGGCGGGUCCAUAACUUGAAAAAACACAACCUGAAGCGUCUGUAACCCGAGGUAUAACUGUACUUAUAAGAAGACUAAACCUUGACACUAUAGCAUACAGAACAGAACACCACAACAGAAACAAAGAGGUUUUCCCUCCCCAGUGGGCAACAGUAUCUUCAUAGCGAGCAAGACUUGCACAAACUAGGUAACUCAGACAUCAUUUAAUAUGUCUUUAACUUUGUUACUAAACUUUACUUUGUCUUGCACAUACACAGGGCCUUCUGGGAGAAAAAUAUGGCAGCAUCCGAAUACCAGGAGAAGUGGAAGCAUCUGAAUUUGAAAUGAUUCUGGACGCUGCUAUCGAGGCAAAGCUGGAAACAAAGAUUUUGGAAGAGUGGUAUUGCAGAGACGAGAACUCCGUGCCACCAAUGUAUUACCUCAAACCAAAAUUUGAAAUGCCGAAGAACAAUCCCAACAUGGUAAAUCGCCUUCCUGAAAUGUAUAGGUUUCCGAUUGUUUCAUAGUCAUUGGAUGUCAUAGUUGACUAUAGUUAACAAUUUACCACGUUUAAUGGAGAUGACCUCUGCUUCACUUCUUCCCCAGAAGGAACAAACUGCAUGGCUUAGUACUGCUUCCAAACUGGGGGUCAUCAUCUAUUUUGCUACCAAACAAAUCACAAUGUGUAAAGCAAGGUUUGGGCUAUGACUUAGCAAUCAUAGUUUUUUUCAUUGAAUCAUAGAAUUGUGGACUUGGAAGGGACCAGGAGGUUUGCUGCCUUAUGCGAACUCUGCAGUUCUGUCCAAGAAUCUGUCGGAAUUGUAGGACUGCAAGUAAGCUAGAGGUCUCUAACAGAACUCACAGCAUCCUACAGUUCUCAGGUUUUCAUUGAGAAAGUCGUGGCAGUUACCGUAUUUUUCGCUCUAUAGGAGGCACUUUUCCCUCUCCAAAAAUGAAGGGGAAAUGUGUGUGCGUCCUAUGGAGCGAAUGCAGGCUCCUUGGCUUCAGCGAUAGCAACGCGAAGCCUCCAAAGCGCAGAGGGAAAGCUCCCCCCGCGCUCCGGAGGCUUCACGUUGCUUUCGCUGAAGCCCCCGGAUCGCAGAACUGCUGCUGUGCUCUGGGGGCUUCAGGCAGCUAUCUGCAAGCCUUCGGAGUGAAUUCCCCCACCUCGUAGAAAAGCCCGCAGGAGCCGUGCAGCCUUUAAAGAGCGCACCGCUCUUGGGGGCUUUUCCCCAAGGAGGGAGAAAGGACUGACUGGCCGAGUCAGUCCCUUCUCCCUCCUGUGGGCUUUUGCGGGAGGUGGGGGAAUUCCCCCACCUCCCGCAAAAGCAGGGAGAAGGUCUGGGAGAAACGCACAGGCUGCGCGCAGCCUUUCCGCUGCUCCCAGAGCUGAGGGGGUGGUCAUAUUUUUUUCCCUGAUUUCCCCCUCUGAAAACUAGGUGCGCCCUAUGGCGCGAAAAAUACGGUAACUUGGUAAACUUACUGUGUAGACUUACGCUUACACAGACAUCUCAAAGGCCCUUCUGUUAUCACGAUCUAGCUUCUAUUACUGUUACAUCUCCAUCUUAUUCCUCCAUCUGUUUCUGCAUCGGUUCGCUGGCCCGGAGCUGUGAGUGCAGUUCAAGAGCCCAAGUCAGACCACCCUUGAAUAAAAAGUUCAAACACUGCGCUGGUUUGAAGAGAUAGGGAGACAUUCAUAUCUAGCGGCUGUUGAGCAAAAUAAAUUGUUGAUUGCGAUCCAGCUCUCAGCUGGCAAGAGUCCACAGCACACACAGAAACAUGCACACCAUCCUGGGGUUGGCAUUCUUCCUGGCACUCAGCAGAACAGCCAACGUUUCAUGAGAAUGAAUUAGCCUCUUAUUCAGCUACAGAGUCAAGAUACAUUUGUAAAGCAGAACGGGAUGCCUCCCUAAAGUUGUCCACAGCUCCUAGCAGAGUUGAAAUCUGUAAACUAAGAGGUUCAAAGGGCAAUAAUGCUGUGCCAAACUAAAUCCCCUUGAACUUCAAACUGAUUUCAAACUUGUUCAGCUGUUAGACAAACACAAAAGCAGCUUUCUUUUCUAUAUUUUUCGUUUUAUGCAUGAAUGACUGUACUGAAACAAGAGUUAACCUGGUUAAGUUUGAUUAAUAUGGAGGUGUCAGGCUUUUGAGCUGCUCAGUGGCGCCAAGUAUAGGGGGUGGAGGGGGCUUCAGCUCCCCCAAUAUUUUGGGGCAGAGAGCAGCAGAACCCCAAUAUUUAGGGGGCCACUGCCCACCACGUGCCCCAACCUCCACCUGGCAGCCCAGGAGCCAGGUGGCGGCUGGGACAAACAAGCACAGAGGUCGCCCUCUGCCACGAUCAUCUGGGUGGCAUCACAUGAUGCGUCAUGUGACAUGUCAUGUGACACGUCACCUGACUGCACCCCCUCAAUGUGGGGGGCACGUUGGUGCCCCUGGAGCUUCUACACGAUAUUUAAGGUCUGAAACAGAAGCCCAGUACACUGAGGCCUCAGAUUCUUUUUCAGGCCUAGAGUGUACAGGGAUGCUGCACAGUUUAUGAAUUGGACUCCUUGAUAUAACAACUAGGAUUACGAUUUUUAUAUCUUUUAUUGGGGGGGGUCACAUUUGACCUCCUGACCCCACAUCUGUUAUUUUGGACUUAUAAAUUUUGUUGCUUUUAAAAAAAGGAGAAGAAUGUUACAGCUAUGUUUGUUACUGGUUUUUUAUCCAGAUGUUUUAUUCUUUUUCACAUUUCUUAAGUUUGCUGAAAUUGUGCGUUACCUUGCAAUCCCCCUUGAAGUCUGUGCUUGAAUGUAGAUGUAUUUUGAAUAACACUAUAUGACAUUAGAGACAUAAUCUAGCCAGAUAUAAGGGUUUUUAUGCAAUGUUGAUUUUAAUGUGCAAGACAGAAGAAUGGGUUUUCACUCCUUCCAUUAAAACAGUGUUAUUGUGCAAUUUUAUGAUAAUACGUGGUAGUAAUUUAUUGUGUGCUGUUAAGCCUCACACACCUAUCACUCUCUAAUCAUAAGUCUUGCUCAAAUUUGCAUGUACAUAACUCGGUUUCUGUACAUUGAUUGAUCUACGUGUGCAGCAGAAUAGACGGCCACUUCAAACUCAAGGCAGCUGAGGGAGAAAUUUGCAUUGCUUUUCUGAAAACAGAAAACUCCCACAGCAGGGAAUGAGCUAACCUAGAACAUUUCCCCCUGCUUUGUUAGCCUUUAUUUUCUGUAAUUUUUUAAUGUGAGAGAGUCUUCAAUGUGUGUAGACAGAAGUGGUACUGUCACCCCUUUCACCUCAUGCUGAACUAGAAUUCUGAACUGGAAGUGUGUGUAGACUCAGCUUUGAUAAACAGCAGCUAAAUGUAUGAACUGACUCCAUUGAAAGGCACUGCAUAUCAGGUGACAUGAAGCAGCAUGAAAGUUCUGCCUGAAAUAUUAUAUCACAGUUCUCUCUAGAGUAUCUGAUAUCCAAUUAUAACAUUCAAUUUGUCACUUGAUGUUGCAGUAAUCUUGUUAGGGAUAUGGAUGUGCAGGCCAGCUCUGUAAUGAGACUUUCCUUAUUUUCAGUAGGUGUUAUACCCCUUAUUUCCUAUCCCUCAUGGUGCAAGCCCCAUCUAUUCCAGGCAUUCCUGGAAAUAAGGGAAAAUGAGAAAUUUCUAACUAUGGGGGAACUUCGUCUUUGCUAUGUUAUUUUAGCUACUGUUGCCCGAUCUCUUAAAUACAACCUUGGUGGUUGGUGAAGAAAUCGAUGCUGGCAUCUUCAGCUUUAAUUAACUAUUUGUUUUUGUUGUUGUUUUAAAGAUGGAAGCAUCUUCGAACCCUGUCAGUGACAGCAAAUGGCAGGAGAUAUCAGAAGAGAUUAAGAUGAUGAUUAAGACAGCUGUGAAGAUGCUUUAUGAAAAGGGGAAAAUGAAACACAGUCAAGCAAAGAGAUAUCUUUCCUCUGGUAAACAUCGAAUUUGGGCAUGCAGUGUACAUACAUAUAUUUCUGUGAUCAGCCAAGUACAUGCAAAAAAGGAAACAUUUUCCUUUUAUUUUGAUUGUAAUAAUUGUGUGUUAAUUGACUAUGACCAUGCAUAACUUCUGUCUCUUGGUCAUGGCGCUGAGCAACCAAGAGACAGAGAAGGCAACGCAGAGACUACAAAGUGCAUCGAUUCCUCCCUUGUGGAACCUUGUCACUAGCAACAGAAUACAGUGGUACCUCGGGUUAAGUACUUAAUUCAUUCCGGAGGUCUGUUCUUAACCUGAAACUGUUCUUAACCUGAAGCACCACUUUAGCUAAUGGGGCCUCCCGCUGCCGCCGCACCGCCGUAGCCCAAUUUCUGUUCUUAUCCUGAAGCAAAGUUCUUAACCUGAAGCACUAUUUCUGGGUUAGCGGAGUGUGUAACCUGAAGCGUAUGUAACCUGAAGUGUAUGUAACCCGAGGUACCACUGUAUAAGGGAAGGGCUGGAGGAAGCUUAGGUGGUCUGCUUCAGUUUUGAACGUGACAGAGCACUUUUCAUUCUGUUUUGCGGGGACUUUAGAUUUCCUCUUUGCUCUUUUGUUCCCCUCCCAGCUAUCGAAGAUGAAUUUGAUUUCGCCUUAGGGAAACAAACCCCAGCUUUCCUGAAGAAGUGCGUUUGCUACAUUCGGAAGAUUGCAAACAUAGAACGUUUUGUUAAAGUUCCCGAGAUGGAGAAAUACAUGGACGUGUUUCAUACGGGUGGAAAGUUUCUGCGGGACCCAGAAGCGCUGGAGAAACUCAUCAAACUCAGGGAUGAAUUUGUUCCCACCAUUGUUGCUUCGUCGAAUUUGAGAGUCUACACCUCUGUCACUCAUUGCGACAUCAAACAUGGUUACACCCAAGAAGUGGAGAACCACUACAUCGAAGGGCUUGGCAAACAGUUCUAUGAAGACAUGGUGGAUAUAAUCCAAGCAACAGUGCAACAGAAUUUUGACAUAGAGACAGACUGGCUGUAUGAUGAAGUCCUUCAACAUUCCUCCCUAUGUAGAACCUACUCGUCAUUCUAUGAGUACAGAUGUGAUGCUAGGAAUAUUAUGCACAAAUACAUUCUACCUAGGAAAAUGGGACACAUUAACCCUCUUGUCAUAUAUGGAGGACCAUGCACUGGAAAAACAUUUUUAUUAGCGGAAGUGGCAAAGAAGGUAAAACACACGCAAACACCUAUGUGUAUUUAUUUUGCUGCUGUAAAUUUAACUGCAAAAAUACUAUGUUUUAAUUUGAGUACAUCUAUAAACCCAUAUGUUUAUGACAAGCUAUCAUUAUAGGUGCUCCUAAAGACUCCCACUGUGUUGUCCUAUUCUUAGAGCAGAUUGGUACAAAAAUUGCAAUAAAUUUGCAUGAAUUGCAAUAAAUUUGCAUAAAUUUGUCAACGCACCCUCUUUUUCCUAUGCUCUGAAGUUCUGAGGGUGGGUGGAUUAUUUUAGUGACCACAGUCUUCAUUUUGCUAAAAAAUAAAAGUAUGUUUUGUAAAGACAUAUUUGCUUUCUUUACAUCUUGUUGAAGAAGGGGUACAUUUCAUCCCAUAUAUAAUAUCCAGCAGUUUGGCAAAUUGUCCUUCUUUUAAUACUAUUCUUUCUGCACCAAGAAACCCCUGAGUAUGUGCUCAUCUGGCACAGAAAAUUCUUGAGCAUGUUCUAGGAUGCUCAGUCAGUUCACAUAAAGUAAUAUGCUGGCUUCUUAUGCCUUAACGUUGCCAUUUGUGAACUGAACGUUUACCUGGGAAUAUAUCCAACUGUCCACCAUGGCUUUCAUUGAAAUUGUUUUUCAGGAAAACCUGUUUGCCAUUAUUUUUCUCAUCACUGAGAAACCCCCCUGAUUUUCUAUCACAGGCAUUAAAAUUGCUGGCAUGCUGUGAUCCAUCAAUUUCCUGUGAGGGAGAUGCAUGUAUAGACUUCCUCCGCUGUUGAACUGAGCACCUGCUCAAGCCACAGCAGAUAAGAAAAAAUAAAAUCCAGCUAGGCAGCCAUACACUCACUUCAUUGAAUGUGCAAGAAUUACACUUCCAUUGCAAACAAUAGUGCUCUUGAAUUGUUAGCAGCACUUUUAAUGACUUGCCAUAUGUAACAGUGAUAGAAGACUGGUUCCCAUGCAACAUUUGUCACUGUGGACAGACUCCUGAAAUCAUUCUGGUGGAAUGGUUAGCAUUGGGGGCGGGGAGUGUUUCAGGGAAAACAUAAUAUUUUUAUCUGUAUUAUAUCUUUAGAUUUAUUGUUGUUUAAUUCUAAAUGGUUUUAUUUCUUCUUAUGAGCCACCACCCUAAGAGUUUUGGGGUUUUUUUGCCACAGGGCAACCUAUAAAUACUGUUAAGAAGUACCGUAUUUUUUGCUCUAUAAAACUCACUUUUUCCCUCCUAAAAGUAAGGGGAAAUGUGUGUGCAUCUUAUGGAGCGAAUGCAGGCUGCGCAGCUAUCCCAGAAGCCAGAACAGCAAGAGGGAUUGCUGCUUUCACUGCGUAGCGGUCCCUCUUGCUGUUCUUGCUUCUGAGAUUCAGAAUAUUUUUUUUCUUGUUUUCCUCCUCUAAAAACUAGGUGCGUCUUGUGGUCUGGUGCGUCUUAUAGAGCGAAAAAUACGGUAGAUGCUAGUCAAUUGUGUGGUGGAAGUAGCACCACAAAGUGAUUUUCCUUCUCAGCUUUCCUGACCUAAAAUAACCUUGCACAAUAUAGUAAAGGCUUUAUGGAAAUCAUUUUGUAGCACAUAAGGAUAUUUCCCCCAUUUUUUAUAAUGUGAAAUUUGAGGAAGGUGGGUCUUCUACCUCAUAAAUAACCACAUACCUUAACUCUAAUGUUCUACCACCACUUGGUUAUCUUUCCUAAAAAUUAUAUCUAUCUGCAUGAGUAAAUGGAUCCAACCCACUAUUUUCAACAUGACUACUUCAGUAGGAUCCAUGUAGAACCUGCCAUUCAGUGAAGCCCUAAGGUCCUGCUUAGUUGCCACAAUUUACACUGGCCAAACAUGAAUUCAUACAAAGGUCUUGUAUAGAAUGUCCAGAAAAAAAUUAGUACACCUCUGACUUUUCCAUUUAUUAAAAAGAGAAUAAAAGAGAAAGCCACAUGAUGUAAUUAAUUAGCCAUAGCGACCUGCAGACUUAUACAAUAAUCCUUGCAAUAUUGCUGUCGCUCAUUUGAGUAUCACAGAAUAGAAUAAUAAUCAUGUUUGCAGUCUCCAGCACCCAACUUUGUUCACCUGCUCAGUGGGUCAGCCAAAUGGUGGGUUAUGGCUUCCAAAGUUAUCGGUAGGGAAAGUAAGAAGGUGCUGACAAGGUUGAAGUACUAGGGACAGAGCCACAACCUACUUGGUAGUCAGUUGUGUAGCAUCUACUUCCAUAGUAGAGUAGAAAACCCCAACACAGACUUACAGCACACCUUGAAUCAAAAGUAAGUCCUGCUAAAUUCACUGAGGCUCACUCCCAGGCAAAUGGGGUUAGGAUUGCAUCCUAAGGGUGGAGCGUCUCCACAGCCAUCGUUCACCACAGACACUGAGGUCCAGCACCGAGGGCCUUCUGGCGGUUCCCUCACUGUGAGAAGUGAGGUUACAGGGAACCAGGCAGAGGUAGUGGCGCCUGCCCUGUGGAACACCCACCAGAUGUCAAGGAAAUAAACAACUAGCUGACUUUUAGAAGACAUCUGAAGGCAGCCCUGUUUAGGGAAGUUUUUAAUGUUUGAAGUUUUAUCGUAUUUUUAGUGCUCUGUUGGGAGCUGCCCAGAGUGGCUGGGGAAACCCAGUCAGAUGGGCAGGGUAUAAAUAAUAAAUUUAUUAGUAGUAGUAGUAGUAGUAUCCAACUAAGUCAUACUCAAAACAGAUCCAUUUGAAUCAAUGGGUUUAAGUUAGUCAUUGACUUCACUGGAUGAAUAUGAUUUAGUUGAAUAUUACCCUUAAAUCUGUACUACUUAAUAUUUGUUUAUAAAGCAGAGUGGAACUGCUUUCUGUCUGUCACAUUUAUAUUGUUCUUUCUUUAUUGUUUGAUUUUCAUUAGCUCUGCUAGUCCACAUAUUAAUCUAUUUAUACUUCUGCAUUUGUAGGCUUAUGCUUGGCUAAAGGAAGAAAUGGGACCAGAAUCUGACCCUGUGGUAGUUAUAAGGUUUUUGGGAUCCACAGAGAUGAGUACAGAUCUUAGGAAUCUCCUUCAAAGUAUUUGCGAGCAGUUAGCAAUUAACUACCGAUGCCUCGUACAAAGCUACCCAAAAAAAAUCCACGACCUUCGGGACUUGUUUAUAAACCUUUUGAAUGAGUCUUCAUUUCAUAGACCUCUGGUUCUGAUAUUUGAUGCUCUAGAGCAGCUUUCGGAUAAUGAUGAUGCUAGAAAGUUAUGGUGGCUCCCUGUUCAUCUGCCCCGUUCGGUCCGAAUUAUUUUGUCAACACUGCCGAACAAACAUGGAAUACUGCAAAAACUGAGGUGCCUUAUACACGACGAUGAUAACUAUAUUGAGUUGACUCCUAGGGACAGGAAGAUGUGUAGUCAAGUUCUCAAGCAGCAGCUGCUCCAAGUCAAGAGAAAAGUAACAUCAGGCCAACAAAUUUAUGUCAACGAAGCUUUUUCCAAAUGCACACUGCCCAUGUUUGUAAAUCUAACCUUCCGAGAAGUCCGAAACUGGAGAUCUCACAAGGAUGUUGAUGAGUCUUCUCUCUGUGUUACUGUUCACGAUAGCAUAGAGCAGAUGUUCUGGUCUCUAGAGACCAGCUGUGGGCCAAGGCUUUUGUCCCGAGCCCUUGGCUACAUCACCAUGGCAAAAUCCGGUCUGAGUGAAAUGGAACUGGAAGACAUUUUAGCACUUGACAACACAGUUAUGUUUGAAUUAAACGAAAGCAUCAGGCAACACAACCCUCUGAGGGUACCUUACAUCUACAUUGCAAAGCUGAAAGAAGGACUAACAGGAUACCUGAUAGAAAGGCAAGUAAAAAACGUUACGCUACUAGUUUGGGCAAACAGGCACCUGCAACUUAUAGCCCAAAAGAUGUAUCUUCACAACGAAGAAGACGUUCAUGAAAUGCAUACCGUGAUGGCAGAGUAUUUUCUGGGUGUUUGGUCAGGAGGCAGAAGGAAAUCUCUUUACAGUGAAGAUCAAUAUCUGAAUGGUUGCCUUGACAGCGACAGUCGGAGCAUGAAUGAUGACGAGAGGCACAUCAUGGACCAGACAAAUUUUGAUAGGCAGUCACCUGAUCAGCCUUGGGUAUUCCAGUGCAACCCUUUGGAGCCCGACAUCUUUUUUGUCAAUCACAGGAAAAUGACGGAGCUUCUGCACCACCUCACACGAUGUGGGAAAACAGACGACAUGUUGUACGGUGUCAUUAUGAACUUCAGCUGGUUGUACACCAUGAUCAAAAUUGGGCAGUUUGACAAAGCCCUCUCUGAUGUGGAGUUGGCCUAUAACUACUCGCAAGAAAAAGAGCUGAAGUUCCUUGCAACCACGCUCCGUGCUAUAAAAUACAAAGUGAUGAAAUACCCAGGCACUCUCUCAGCUGAAUUGCAACAGAGGCUUCUCCCAGUUGCGAGCUCCUUGCCGAAACUGAGGCAGCUUCUUCUGGAAUGUGACAAAGAUGGCCCUAAAUAUUGCUCCAUUGUUCCAUUGCAUUCCUCUAUGGAUGUGACUUACAGCCCCGAGAGAUUGCCUUUGUCCUCCAGUUGCACUCAAGUGACAGAAAUCCUGCCAACUUUUAAUCCAAAUACAGUCAUCGUGGCUCUAGAAAACGGCUCCAUCAGUACCUGGGAUGUGGAGACCCGCCAGCUACUGAGGCAAAUUACAACAGCUCAGUCAGUCAUUUUGGGCAUGAAGCUUACAAGUGAUGAAAAAUACCUUGUGGUGGCCACAACAAAGAACACACUCUUGAUUUACGACAACCUAAAUUCCUGCCUUCUGUCUGAGGUAGAGAUUAAGGGAUCAAAACAUGGUGGGAUUGGUGUAGGUUCUAGUUUUAUAAAUGGAUUUACAUUGUCAGUAAACCAUGCACUUUCUUGGCUAGAAGCUAGCAAAGAUGUUACCGUGAUCGAUCUACUUUAUGGAUGGCCACUUUAUCAGUUCCACUGCUGGUAUGAAGUGACUUGUGUCCAGUGUUCCCCAGAUGGAAUGUAUGCUUUCUGCGGACAGUACUUGAAUACUGCAUCUAUAUUCCAUUUAGGUAGCGGGGACAAGCUGGCCACGGUGACCUCUGAGUUUUCCGGUGGCUUUGUCAAGUUCCUUCUUGUCCUAGAUACAGCUCAAGAAAUGGUGAUGGUGGACAGCGAAGGUGGUCUUUCGAUUUGGAACACGGAGGAUGUCACCAACCCCCAGCUAACAGAUGACUUUGAUUGCAAGAGAGGGGACAGUGAAUUUGUCAGUUUUGAACUGGCUGAAGAUCAAAGUGCAAUUUUAAUAUGUAAGGCCCUCAAUAUAGAACUUCUUGACACAGCUAUGUGGAAAAUAGUUGAAAAGUUUAGAGCGAAACAUAACGAGCGAUUUGUAUCAGCUGUACUGUCCAAAAAUGGUGACUGUAUUGUUGCUUCCAUUGAAAAUACCUCUGCCAUUUUUGUUUGGAGGAGAGACACAGGGCAGUGCAUGGCCAGCUUACAAGAAAUCUCAGGAAACAUAGUCAGAUUAAUUAAAUCCAACCAUCAUAACAUGCUGCUAUCCUUAUCUACCAGUGGUGUCCUUUCUGUAUGGGAUAUAGAUAUCAUAACUGCUAUGUCCAACAUUGACAAAACAGGCAAGCCAAUCCAAAGAUUGGUCUUGUCUGCUCGGGGUGAAGUGAUUUAUACACUCGAUGGGUCUGAAACUAUACAUAAGUGGAAUUUUGGCACGGGGUUCAUUGAAGCUGUGUUUAAGCAUGAAAGCAUUGUUGAAAACUGCGUGCUGACUUCCACUGGUGAUUUGAUGAUUACGUCUGAUGAUAAAUGCAGUCAGUAUGUAUGGCACACUGGUUCGGGUGAAAAUCUGUUCCGUAUCAACGGACAAAAGAUAUGUCAGCUCUUGAUAACACACAACGAUCAGUUUGUCGUCUCCCUCUGUGAGCAAAAUGCAUCAAGGGUUUGGAGACUGGCAACAGGCCACAGAGUUUGCAAUAUUCUUGUAGCCUUACAGAAUGCAUUUAUAACUACCGCUAACACAUUUGUAGUUGGAAUGACAAAAAAUAAAGUCUUGGCCGUGAGUUUGUGGACAGGGAGUAUAACCAAGAAGUUCUGUUGCGAUGAUGGCAUUGCCAUUGUCGAUAUUAAACUGAUCCCAGAUUGCCCUGAUAUUGUAGUCUUCAUAACAUCUACUGAAACUGUAAACAUCUGGAGUCUUACUGAAGAAGUAAUUUGUAGACGUGUGCAACUGCCCAACACUUUCUUGAAGACUUUGGAAGAUUUUGAAAUAUCACCCAAUGGAAAACUGGGCAUCAUAUCCCGCGGCGAUGAGAAUAUCAACGUACUUGAUCUUCACAGUGGCAAACUUCGCGUUGUCCAUGCUUCCGGUAUCAUCUGGAGGCAGAAGCUGUCUCGGGACGGCCGCUACCUUGUAUACAUUUGUUUUCGCACUGGUGAAGAGGAUGAUGAUAAUGGUGCAAUCUCUAUCUUGAUUGUAAUGAGACUAGCAGAUGGCAAAAACAUUGGUGCUUGCUCCCUUUACAAAACACCGACUUUCCUCGCUCUUUCCCAGAGGCAUUUGAACAUCAUUGUAGGUUUUGAUGAUGGAAGCAUAGGCACUUAUACUGUAGUGGAUCGAGUGGAUGCAGCGCUGAAAAUUAAAAUUGCUACUUCAAAUAGCCGACAGAUUUUCAGCAAUGCAACACAAGUGAUUAGACCGAAGUGUCACAAUUAUAAUUUCAAGGUGACAGCAGACUGCAUAUGGAGGGAGUCUACAGAGGUGUUUGCAAGAGAUAGUCCCAUCACGGUGACAGACCCCGAGGCAGGUGAGGCAACUCCAACCAAAAAACACAACUAUUGCUAUGACAAAGUGUGCUCUGCCAUAGAUUGCAGGAGCCACGGGUUCACCCCUGACAAUUGAUCAUAAAUUAAUAAGUAACUAGUUCAACAAAUCUCUGCUUAUCCCAUUUAUAUUUUACUACCAACAAAUUGGGAAAGAGCAAAUUUAAAGCAAGUUUAAUUAGUGGCUGCAGAGUUUAGAAAGAAAUAUUCAAAUAUAAGGCUUCCUGCAAUGCCUUGAGUGAAAAUUUCUAGCAAUAUCAUUUAUUAUGCCAACCUAAAAUGUUGGAGGAAGAAAAUGUUGUAAAGCUUUCUAACAAGAAAUGAAACUACAUUUCAUAUUGGAAUGAGGUGGUUCAAAAGUUUUAAAAUCCAGGUGGGCAUAAGCCUAAAUCUCUGGCUACUUCGAAUUACUAUCAUGUGCAAAAAAAAAAAAAUAUAUCCUUCUGGUGGUGCAAAUGACAAUGUCACAUGUCAGUCCGGAUGCAUUCUGUAAGCUUUUGAAGUAGUAGCUAUUUGUAUUGUGGGGGAAAAUGGGGGCAAGCACAAUUCGGUCAGUAAACAGAACUCCAGGGUCUUGCUGAUUUCAUUCGGGUCAAAUGCUUCAUAGGAAUUGCUGCCACUAAAAUCAGUGAGACUUCACUUUGCUUGGAUUUCACCCAUUGUACAGAAAGAAUAGAGAAGCUGAGCAUUGUGUCCAGUACUAGUAAUACACACAGUAAACCCAUUAAAACUAAUGGACAUAGGUCCAUUAAUUUCAGUGGGUCUGCUCUGAGUACAACUUUGGUUGGCUACAACCCUGAUAACCUACAAAUCAAAAAUAGGCACACGUGACACAACAAAUCAGUCAUAAUAACAAACUAAAAGUUACAAAAUUUCUAUGUUUGGACUUCUAUUCAAGUUUUUCUAUUACAAAUCAUAGGAACUGCUAGAUCAUGUAAGAAAGAAACUUAACUCCUGAAAUUGUGUUGUUUUCUGUCUCUUUCACACUGUAUUUUAGUACUGUGUAUAAAAUAACAUUUUCAAUGAAAAAGGGCAUUAAGGAUAAAGAGUCAAACCCACCUACCCUGUUCCAUUAUAUCUUUUGUUGUCAAAAAAACGGUAUCAUUAGUUCUGUUGUCCCAAAUAUUCCACUCCUUGCAGAAAUCUGAACAGGAAGCAUUCAGAAAUGCUGUGUGUCUUGAUUCUCGUAGUGUUUGCCUUACUAUCAUUCCUGUUCUUCCCUGUGUGAAACACAGAUCAGAUGACCAAAUACUCUGGGACUAACAUUACGCUUCUGUAUGUGCUGGGGGGGGGGCGCGAGAUUCUGGCUGCCCCAAAGGGGUCUUUCCUGUUCGACUUUCUAAUGAAUUUCUUACUUCUAUAUACAGUAUUUAUGCCUCUUCACUCCCUGCUGUAGGACUGUUCAUGGCCUUUUUAUAGAACUUUAUCAAUUUCAAGGCAGAAGUUGUGGGGUACCCUUCUUUAUUUCUGAUUGCUUGGCUCACUCAUUUGAACCCAGAAACGAGCUACGUACAUUCUGAUGCCCCAAUCCACAGCUCUAUUAAGGGGAAAGGUGGCGCUGUGGGUUAAACCAGAGAGCCUAGGACUUGCCGAUCAGAAGGUUGGGGGUUCGAAGCCCCGUGACGGGGUGAGCUCCCAUUGCUUGGUCCCUGCUCCUGCCAACCUAGCAGUUCGAAAGCACGUCAAAGUGCAAGUAGAUAAAUAGGUACCACUCCAGCGGGAAGGUAAACGGAGUUUCCGUGCGCUGCUCUGGUUCGCCAGAAGUGGCUUAGUCAUGCUGGCCACAUGACCCGGAAGCUGUACGCCGGCUCCCUCGGCCAAUAAAGUGAGAUGAGCGCAGCAACCCCAGAGUCGGUCACGACUGGACCUAAUGGUUAGGGGGUCCUUUACCUUUACCUUUACUUGGAACGUAGUGGCCAAUUUUUCACACUUCUUAUGGGAGAUGCAAACUACAUGAGCUGCCUAAGCCUGAAUGGCUUGUGUGUGAGAGUGGGGUUCUCAUCCAGCCCUAAUCACAGCUCAUAUGUAUUUUAAAGUGAGAGAGCUAAGUAACGCACGCAUGAGCCAUUCAUGCCAGGCAGCAUUUUGCAGUAGAAUAUCCAUCUCUAAAUAUCAAAUAACCCAGUGGGAAGCAGCCCUAGUUGCUGAGUCCCACCAGGAUUUGUGUCACUAAUUGACCACAACCACAGAUCCAUCACAGGCAGACCAUUCGUGUCUCCCACUCAACGACAACUCAAACUCAGUAUUUUUUAAUUCAGAUGCUUCACACAUUCCACCGAGAUUCAUCAAGUGCUGA